GACACAAGUGUUAUGGCUGAACAACACUCGUCUGCAAGGCGUCGUGUUGUUAAUGUGUGAGAGUGAUCUACAUGCUUCUAAUAUCAAUUUAAUUAGAACUUUUCCGCGUCACGUCUUACAGCAGACCAGUAAUUGGAAUAUCCCUUUUUCUCAUGGUUACUUGUUACGUGAAUAUAAACCUGUUCUUCUCUAAAACAUGCCUCUCUUCGGCAAGAAAAACAACGAUGCCGAAAAGAAAUUAAAAGAAAGUGAUAUUCGGCGGAAGUACGAGUUCAAAGACACACUUGGAACGUGAGUAAUGAAUAAAAUUGAAAUAACAGUUAUGUGUUUAUUUUGUAAACGAAAUUUAACUAAAAAAGAAUAUGACCCGAUGGUAUAAUCAAAAGAAAUAGUAGAUACUAAAGUUAAAAGGAAAUAUUAUAUUAUUCUAGUUGGAGCGCUAAAAAAGCGCGCCUAGGUCCACUUAACGAGUAAGUAGCCAAUACUGCGAGAAUACUAGUAUGACUAUACUAUGUUAUGUCAGUAACUAUUCACUAAGAAGACAAUACGCCAAAACCAAUAUCUAUCUUCCGCUAGUGCCCUACCUAGCCAUAAUUAAAAUCCCUAUGACUGAAGGCCUAUAACUUAUGUAACUGAUCUAAAAAAAAUUAACCGCCGGGCUAACUUAAAAAAAGAAAAAAUUAAUUUAAUUAUUUUAAGCUGUUUAAGGCUUAAGUUUAAAAUUUAAGGUUAAUUAUUAAUAAAUAAUUAUUAUAUUAAUAUUAAUAAUACAUUCCAACCUGGACUAAUAAAAAUAAAAUUCAUUAUUAAUAUUAACUAAAUGAUUAAAUAUAAAUGCUAUGCUUUACUAUAAUACUAUAAUUAUAAUAAUAUUAAUAUAAAGGCCUAUGUAGCCUGUUAUAAUAGUUAAUUAUUAAUAGUAUAUAAAUAAUAAAUACAAUACAACUUUACCUCAUACUCAUAUUCAUGUAAUUGGUCUGAAGUCUAUGACUAUACCUGGGCUAACUUUAAUUAAAUUAUUUUAAGUCCAGUUUUAAGAUAACUAAUUAUUAAACAUCCCUACCAGACAAACCCCAUUUUAAGCAUAAUUUUUUUGUGUGCCCAACCAAUAUAAAUAUAAUAUAGUAUUAUUAGUAUAUAGUCAAUAUAGUGUAUAAUUAGUAUAUUAUAUUAUAAUAUUCUAAUACUAUCAAUACACAGACCUAGUGUCUAAAAUUUGUAUAGCUGAAAAUAAUUUCUGAAAUAGUAGAGUAUUGUAGGCUAGACUCUUCUGCAUGUCACCAUUUUCAACAAAGAAAUAAGCUCAUAUAGUUCUAAGUUUGUAUUGAAGAUAGCGUUACUAAAGUUUUCAUGGAAUCAUUGUUUUAAUAAAAGAAUAACUAGCCCAUGCCUAUAGAAUAAACCAAAACCUAAUACCUAAGCUAUGUUAAAUUAUGUUUUUUUUGUUCUUAUGAAUGAUAACUGUAUCAUUUUAAAAUAAUUGUGUGUAUAAAAAUUACUAGAUACUUGAUAUUCCAUUUCUAUAAUCUGGCCUAGUCAUAACGCAUAGUAUUUAACUGUCAUAGAACUUAAUCUUUGGCUAGUCAUUGAUUGAGAAUCCUGGGCUGUAUAUGGUUAACUAAUUUUAAGUUUUGGAACUCUUUUUGACUCUAUGAUGGUACUAUUAUAUAUUUAAAUAUAAAAUGAUUCAUUUUGAAAUAAGUAUAAAGUCUCAAAGAAUACUAUCACCAAUCACUGGUUAAAGAGCCAUGGAAGGUUAAACUAUUAACAGGCAUUGGAGCAGAAGUUUAUAAGUUGGCUCAGGCUCCAUUAAAAUUUCAGGCUCUGGCUCCGAAUAAUAAAACAAAUAAAAAUAAAUGUACAUAUAACAUAGUAAAACAUUUUUUAUUAUAUUGAAAGGAAAAUAACUUAAUUAAGUUUAAUAAUGCUGGUAUAACUUUAUUAAUCAGCAAAAUCUUGAUUUAUCCCCAGAAAUAAAAUAUUUUCCAAAACAUCUGGUUUAAACGAAGAAAGUUAUUCUCCAAUGUUCUGUUUGCGCCUUUGAAUAUACAUACGACAAUACAAAAUACACUAAAUAUGAGAUGGCAUUAUUUAUUUUUUUUGGGCUGUUUUAACUGUUGGAGAAAUGCGCAGGAUCAAAAGAUAAUGUCGAGAAACAAGAGAAUUUUGAUCUCCUUCUUUCAUUUUUAUAAUGUAAUUCUGUUUAAGACCAAUUUUUGGUGGUGAUUUUUUUGUUCAUGUACUGUAAACUGGAAAGAUCAUCCCACAUUUAAAUUAUUAAAAAGAGAAAUUAAUUUAAAAAGCACUUAACAACAUUCGUUGUUGGAAUAGAAGAUUUGCUAUGGCGCUGGAGCCAAAUAUGUCAACAAUUAUUUUGGCUCUACUACAAGGGAAAACACUAGCUCCGAGCAACUCUCCUAGAGCUGGCUCCAAUGCACUGGCUGUUAAAUGCAGUUAUUUAGUUAAAAAAUUCUUACUGCAUAGUUUGAGAGAGUCAUGCACACAAUAAUAAUGAGUUUAAAGGCAGGUCAUCCCAAAUGCAAACCUGGCACUGACCUUAUCGUGAGAGGAACACAAAUAUUGUUAACUCUAAAAGUAUGUUUUAGGGAACUUGUCAAAUUUUUAACAAGGACGUUAUACUUUUACUUAAAAGACUAAUGAAUCAUUACUUAUCUGUCAAACAUGGCUCUAAACAAAUUGUUUAUUUGGAGAUCAAGGGGCUAUCUUAAAGUUUAAAAGUUAUAUUUAAAAAUGUAUUUUCAUUUAAUGCUUAUUUUCGCAAGCUUGGGUAAAUUUAUUUUAUAUGGUUAGGGCUGAUUCAUAUUUUGCAAAUAUUCAUAAACUGCUUAAUUCUUAUCGUCUUGGUCAAUAAAAUAUGUGGUGGUACUCACCCUUCAUUUAUAGAUGGGCAGGACACUAUUUAUAAACUCAUUAUUUGAGCUUAAUUUAGUGAUUACUAUUCAGAGAUUUAAAACUAACAUUUUCUCAUGACACAUUAUUUUAAAAGAUGGUGAAAAAUCAACAUUUCAUAGCCAUUAUAUAAAUUGCCUACUAAAUAAAGUUAAUUAGGCCUUUAUGGGACCAUAUCAUUGUUUUCUCAUAAUUUAUAUAUUUGUUUAUACCAGGUAAUAUCAUAAAAUGAUUUCCAUGAGUUUUUGUCAUAUUUCAUAUUGUAUCGUUUUCUUGAUAAUCUUAAUACUGUGGCUUUUUGUAGUCCAUUAUGUAACAAUUAAAUUUUCCUUUAAAAUUGAAGUUGCAUGUGUUAAUAUAUUAAUAUAUCCCAUAUGGAUUUUCCUGGUUAUCUACAGCAGUUUUUGACUUAUUAGACUUAUUAUUGACUUAUUUCUGAAUAAUUAUUUCAGAAAAGUAAAUGGCGAAAAUAAUGAUGAAAAUUCUUAGUCAUGUAGAGUGUCGCCAGAAUUGAAUUUUUUUUUCUUGGCUAAGUUUUAAAUUUCUUAUUUUAGAAAACACAAUUACCACAUAAUUUGUAUUAGGUACUAAAUAAAUUGUUUCAAACUUUGCUGCCAUUCCCAAUUUUUGCUUCAAAAGUUCAAACCAUAAUGGUAUUUUAAUGAAAGUAUGGUUAAUAAAUUUAAUUAUCCAGCAGAUCAUUUGAUUGCUGAUUCUGUAAGUCAUGAUUAUAUAUGAGACUCCAUACUGCCUGUUGUCACUGUCUAAAGAUUAUAAAGUACAAUAUGAUUACUGUGGUUAGCAGAAUGUUGGGUUGAUCAGAGUUAUCCAGCAUCCUCUGGUGACUUAUUGAACUUAUUGAUUUCCUGUGUGGGCACACUGUUAGCAUCACUUGGUGGGCAUCUUGUCAUUGACACACAGUGCCUGGUCUUAUUUCAUCAAGUUUUUGUCAUUUGUUGUGCAAAGGUUAAUAUCACAUUUUGAGUUUGUCUAUCUAGGCAUCAGCUCACAGACGUAGCUUAUUCUUUUCUUUUUGUUGGGGGGAAAAAGUGUGUCUGUGUUGAGGAGUGGGAUGCUUAGCUGACUAACAUGUGGAAUAUUAUUUACAUAGUACACAGGUUUUAGAACAAUUGCUUCUCUAACAUUACUCUUUUUCUCUCUCUCUCUUCCCCCUCCUCCAACUCAUACACUCCAAAGAUCCCGCUCUUAAAUAAUUUAAUAUGCAUACUUCAUUCUUUCUGUUAAGAAAAAUGUUAGUUUAGAUUUUUCAGCCGCACACACUGAAUUAAAUACGCACCCACUGAAUUAAAUACACACUUUUUCUCUUGAAAAUCCAAUGGUUCAAGAAAACAGCAACUUUGAAUGAUUAAUGUUAAAAGUGAUACAUCACACCAAAAAGCUUUUUAUUUUUUUUAUUGUUAAACCCUCGAUAAUAACCGAAGUGAAGUGCAUCUCGUUGUUCUUAUUGUUGCAACAAAUCCCCAAUUUGGUUAUGUAACAUUUUUUUUAAUGAUAUUGUCAACGGACAGGCAAUACACGCUAUUAGAGCAUGGGCCCGUUAAACGCAUUUAACAUAAUUUUGUCCUUUACCGUGAAGAACCUAUCUUAAAUUUAAGCACCUUGCGAUUUCGUAUACCGUACUUUUCAAAACAUCUAAAAGUUUGGCAUGUGAUUAAAUGUUACUUUCGGGAGAAAUAUAUUUUAAGUAUGCAUUUAACUGUUUAGUAAUGUAUAUUAUCGUUAUGGAUACGUUAUAUCUAUCAGGAUGACUGGUGUAGCUUCUUGUAUGGCUUAUAAGUUUGAUCCUGGAGUGCAAUCUCUUUUAUACUUUGCGUAGUUUAAAAAUUAUUUUUAUUCAGUGACGUUCACAUUUCGCAUACGUCUUUGUAGCGAAGAUGCGUCCGUCCUGAAGGCCUUGUGACAUGAACCAGUUCCAUUUACGUUCUCAGCUACUGCUAGGAAUUACACUGGAUAACCAUGGUUGGAGGCGAGUCUACUUCUUGCACCACGAGUCUUCCUUUGGCUGAUAGUCCAAACUUCUUCAUGGUGUUUUGAGAGGCACUCAGGCUACAUCAUCAGUAAACAAUUCACGAAAGAAAGAACCUUUGUUAAGUUAGUCCCUACAGUAUCAAAAUAAUAUUUCACAAAAAUUAGCAAUGAAAAUGUAUUAAUGUGUUGAAAGUUGAAUUUGUCAGAGAAAAGAAUUAGAAUAAUAAUAUUCCGGCUUAAAAUUUUUUCCAAGGAAUAGUUAUCUAUGUCAGAAAAGCGCUUUUCCCAAAAUGCAUAAAAACUGUGUUGUAAAGGAAAAUAUCCAGUUUCCCCCAUGCUCCUACGUCACUUAUGUGUGCUGUUGAAGGAUGAGCAAUAAAGCACAUGUUUUGUUGGGAAAAAAAGAUAUAGCGUGUACAUUAAAUUCACAGGUGGGUGAAUCAUCCUUUAUAAUGAGGACGGGAGUAGACAGUGCUGGCGCGAUCACAUUGUUUGAAAAAAAUCAUGUGACCUAUUGCUGUUAUCCAGGUGACCUCCCGCCGUUAUUGAGUUAGGAAGUGUUUCAUAUAGCGUAUUAGCACACUAUUCAUUUCACAGGCCGCGUGUCUGCACCCAUGCUUGAAGACAAUUAUUACAACUUGGGGUAUUUGUUAACACGCUUCUCAAACUGUGGUAUAUGCAUCAAUAGGCUUGCAAAUUCAAAACAAAAUUUACGGACAAAAUGGAUCAUGUUUUUCAAUCCUUUAUAUUAACUUCAACUUUAUUUGUUUGUUUCUUUUUGGAAAAAUCUUUUGAAGGCUAAUUGAUUUACUGCCCGUCAUCCUAUCGGGCUGAAACUUGGCACAUAGACUCAUUGCCGAUGACAACAAUACUCUUUCAUAUUUGCAGCACCAUACCACAACGCAAAUAGAUACGUUUUUCCUUUUUUUUUUUUUUUUGCAUUUUUUUUUUUUUUUUCUUUUUUGUUAGCUUGUUGGUGCCGAAGAUUCAAGAAUGGUAUUAUAGUUUAACCCCUAUUUAAAGCUUUUUACGGCUUUAUGCCCUCAAAGAAAAACCAUUUCAGUAAAACUAACAUGUAGUGGUGAAGGGAAAAAUAAAGGAAAUAUGCAACGUGUUUUCGCUAGUAAGUAGUUUACCCAGUUACAUAAUCGCUUCGUAACAAAUGAUAAAUCACGGACAAUUACUUAAAUUUCUUUUUAAAAAUGCAUAUAAAUGAUUUAUACAAAAAACUAAAAGCGUGUUUUUUUUACGGACAAUAUGUUCAAAUUGUAGGAAAACAGUAGUAAACACUGGUUUUAAUCGUAAAACCACCAGUUAGUAUAUUAUUGUGAAUUCUAUGAUUGAUGGCUUACCUAUAAAUGCAUAAGUUCAUAGGUGCUGCUCGCUCUUCUUACAAGUUCUUUACAAAACGUCUGCUCUUGUCUAAAUUUAAAUAUUAUUGAUUGGGUUUAUGUCUCACGGGAAUGUAUUUUCGAGAGAUAGCCUUUCCUUAUAUUGUUUCGUCCUCGACUUGAGCUGUUAUUUGUUUAAAGUGUGAGAGAGUUGCUCAAUUCAUCAGCCUCAUUCUAUCGUCUUUGCUUAUUUGAUCCAAAGACUUGUAUACAGUCCAUCAAUUAGCAAUGCAAUAAACCUUUUAUUUUUGCUUUCCAUCACCCCGAGAAUUCCCUUGUACCCCAUCCCAUGGGGUGGCACGUCUGACCGCUUACAAAUCCAUCCAUUUAACUUUAAUGGAACUGUUGAGGCGCUUUGUUAAUGUAUCAGGUUUGGCUAAAAUAAAUGCCACAUUAGAUGCAACUGUAUUUCUUAUGUGGGUGGAAGAAGUUCAUUAUGUUUAUAUGAUUUAUACGCGAAAACGGCAUUGUAUAAGAAAAGGCUGUCAUUUAAGUUCGUUAUUAAUCUGAAACACAGAGAAAAUGAAAAAAAAAUACUACCAAGUGGGGCUUAUUUUGCCUUUUUAUAUAAAAGAAAAAUACCGAAAUAUUAGUUUCUUUGUAGUUGAAAUGGUUAUAGCCCAUUUCACGAUAGAAAAAUAUGUCCAACAGCUUAUUUUAUCAUCAGUCUUGAGGGUGGAGUAGAAGAAGAGUGCUUUCUGUAAAAUUCGAAGCAAAACAUAUUUUAAAAAAAUUGAGUUGAGUGGGGUUUACAGUACAGCAGUCUUCUCUUGGUAUUGCCUUUCCCCCAGACAAUUGAGAUACAGAACUUUGUUGGUUUCCGAAGUGAUUACUUUACGGUUAGGUCAAUUUCGUUGAACCAGAUAAAUAAUUAGAAAUAAUAUAUAAAGUGUCAUGUAAUUGCUCAUAUUAACCUCAUUGGUAUUACUUUCAACAUAUUACAAAGCACACUUCAGGUUGAUGCCAUGUUAUGAAGCAGAACUUUGUUUUCUUUUCAACAGAUGGCUUUGUUGAGAUUUUGAGAAACUACAUAUCUUUAUUUUAAAUAACUACAAAAGGCGAGUCUAAAAUCAAAACCUUCAUUUUAUGCCUUAAGCGUUUUUUAAAAAAAAUCUUCAUACCCCCUUUUCUUACCCCCCCCCACCCCCACCCCAUACACACACACACACACCUCCAUUGACUAUAACAGUCCUUAAAUUUACUUCUUUACAAAAGCCCUCUACCGUGUUCUUAAUUUCCCUAGGCCUUGGGCGUCUCACCUUGUUAUUCUAUCCGCCUACGCCCUCUCAACUUAAAGAUUACCACCACACCGCUGAUUCAUGCACUGUUACCCGAGUUUGAAUGCUUUCCAUUCAAGUACGUGGGACUCCAAGUUUCAGUCAAGUUUUUAAAUAAAGUCACUAGUGAUUUUAUAAAGUCAACGCCUAGACAUGGGUUGGUGAGUCGGAGUUGCGACAUGCGUUUUUAAUGUGGCCAGCUUGGUGUAUUAGCAUGAUGUGAAACGUGUUGACCCGCACCUGUUGAUUUACGUAAUAAGCCAUUAGAAGGAAUCGGUGAAAAUGUAUCUACUGUACUGUCCCAGUCUGCACGUCGGUAUCGAAGACACUUGCAGUUCGUAGUUCGAAGUGUAAUAAAGUCACAGCAGAACAGUAGGUCUAUAGUUAAAACUGUACAAGGUGGUUUGGGGGGGGGGGGUUUGUAGAGUUGCAGUUUUAGUGACGCCGUGCUGAUGUAUAAGUUACUAUAUACCAGGACCGCGCCAAGAAAAAGUUGCGCCCGGGCAAAUCAUUAAAAAUGCACCAUUUAAUUAAUAAAUGCUACACACGUAGUCAAAGACAAUAUUAACGUUUUUUUUCGUGGAGUCUUUUGAUGAUUUUAGCACCACCUCCUCACUUAUAACUAGGCGUCCCGUGCUCCCUCCACCCCACCCUUUUCUACCCGCAUGGCCAAGCGUUUCAUUGAAAUAAAGUGAGGUCGAGAUAAACUAAUUUACGAUGGCGUUUGGGAUCAAUUAGAUUUCAUUUAAAUCACUUUUAAUUAGGUCUAAUUUUCACUAUACUUAAAAAAUUUUGGUAAUGGAACUAUUGUUGUUUGUUAACUAAAUUUUGGUGACAGUUAUAUCAAAAAAAAAUUGUGUAUCUUUCCUGCUGAUAUGUUAAAGCGCUCAUUAAUUCUUUAGGAUUUUUGUUCUCAGAAGCUUAGAAUCCAAUGAAAUAUUUUACAUGAAUGAUACUAAUUAAACCAGGACUUAUAGACAUGUAAUUAUUGGGCUAUAUUUUUCAAUAGUCAGAAUUCUUACCAGAUAUUGUAUUUUAAAUUUUACAUUUUGUUUUAUUUUGCAGUGGUGCUUUUUCAGAAGUUGUCUUAGCAGAAAACAAAUCAGAGAGAGGAAAAUACAAUGCAGUGAAAUGUAUCAAUAGGAGGGGCCUUAGAGGGAAGGAGGAGGCACUGGAAAAUGAAAUAUCUGUCUUACGCAGGUGAGUUGCCUGGCCUGCAGUGAAGGCUAAAUGAUGACAUUUUAUGUCAGUGUGUCUGGAGUGGGUUGGAUUGGCUGAUAGCCCUUUAAAAUGGUUUGGUAAAUUUGAUAAAUGAGUUCAUGCAAGUUUUUGGGUAGGCUGAUAUUUUCUCUAGUGUGUUUUGGGUUGAUAGCUGUGUUGAUUGGUUGAUUAAUCUGAUGAAUGAGCUCAUGCAAGUUUCAUUGUCUGGCAGGGGGGUGUGGGGGAAUGAUAGCUGUUUUGAUUGGUUGAUUAAUCUGAUGAAUAAGUUCAUGCAUUUAUAUUGUGUGUGUGUGUGUGUGGCUAAAGGGUACAUAGCCCUGUUGAUGAGAUGAUUAAUUUGAUGAAUGAGUUCAUGCACGUUGUUUUUCCUGGUGUCCUCCUCAAAGUAAAGAUAAUUUGAUUCUUUAAAAAAUGAAAGCAUUAUGUGGAGAUGGUAUGCUUGCCAAUGCUAUGAGUUCAUUAUGUGGUGAUGUAAUGAUAAAUGCUUGCCUAGGCUAUGAGUUCUUCAUGGUAGUGAUUAUGAAACUAUGACAGGAUGUAAAGUGCUUUCCAUUUUAUGCACAAUGUUGCAUUGAUUUUUGAGUUUAAUGAACUUGAAUUUUUUAAAAUUAUAAGUAUUUAUGAAGCAGCAGCAAAGAGGCAUAUUACCAACACACCAUCUUACAGCUGAUUGUAAACCUCAUAUAAGAUAACAAAAUUAGAAUAUAUUGAGUGCAAGUUAAUUCACAGAUCAGCCAGCUUCUAUUUGUAAUUUAGAAUGAUUAUCUGCUAUUUGAUGAAUGCCCUAUUCAUUUGUUUUGAUUAAAGAGAGUGGAGGUGAAUGAAACAGGUUAUACAUAAAUCAGUUUCUAUUCAUUAUCAGUCUAUAUUUAUUAUCUUUCCCCAGGUUAAGCCACCCAAACAUAGUAAGGCUUGUGGAUGUAUUUGAAGAUAAAACACAUGUAUAUCUAGUCAUGGAAUUGUGAGUAUACGUCAUUUCUCUUUCUUUCAAUCAUGUAUCAUUCCUCAUGCUUCUAAAAUAUAUUGCAUUGGCAUCCCUUAUUCUCCAGUUGCCAUAGAAGUAAAAAUGUCCUUCUGUAGUAUUAUUACUAAUUUUACUUUUGGUAUGUACUCUGCUUACCCAUGUUACAGUGGGCAUAUUGUCUGGUUUCCCAUAUUUCAUUGUGCAUGUAGUCUGGUUAACCACUUAAUAUUCAGCAUGUAGACUGGUUAAUCACUUAAUAUUCAGCAUGUAGACUGGUUAACCAUGUUUCAUUUAUUAUGUAGUAUUUUUGCCCAUGUUAAAUUGUGUAUGUAGUCUGUUCAUCCAUGUUAAAUUGUGUAUGUAGUCUGUUCAUCCAUGUUAAAUUGUGUGUGUAGUAUGUUUACACUUGUUCAAUUGUGUAUGUAGUAUGUUUUACCAUGUUGAAUUGGUUAUGAAAACUGACUUUUAUUAACCUGCUUUAUGAAAGAAUGAGCCUCUUUUAUAAAUUAGCUAAAGUCAUUUAGUUAAUAAGAUACCGAAAAGAUUUAACCUGAAUUUAAACAAAUUGUGUAGAUGUAUUUUAUUUUAGUUGGAGAUGUAUUUCCUUUAAAUUAUACAUUUUUGAUUGGCUUCAUUUUACACUAGACUAUUUGUCCAGGUUGCCAAGGGUAUGUUUUUUUUAUCCCACUUUCUGGUCAGAAAAAAAGAGUGACUCUAUUGUCGUCAUCCUGAUUAUUAUUUUGUCACAGUGGUUCUAAAUUUAUUUAACCUUAUUAUUAGCUCCUACCGACGUAUGCAGUUGGGACAACAGAAAAAUGAUUAAACAGGCCAAAUGCCAUUUUUAAAGUGAUGAUCUUGUAACAUUAGUAACAUGGGGCCACUCUCUUAUAUGCAAUGACUUGGAGGUUUCUUGAAUGUUCAUCACCUAUGCAACGAAUUUUUUCGAAUAGUGGAGACAACGGCUUUUAUGGAUAUUUAGUUUAGAACUACUGAUUUGUUAUCUAAUUAUAAUUUCAAAAGGUAUUAAUCUGUUUCAAUUUUCGUUUUUUUUUUGUUUUUUUUUAACACCAGCCAGCCAAAGCCCUUAAGGCGGGCCGCUGAGUUGACUAACUCAAGUGUACCGUGAGAAAAAAAUACGUACCGGUAUAUCAUUUAUUUAUUAAGAUUCAAGAUUCUAUCAAUUUGGUGAUAGGUUAUACUUUAUACAUUAUUUUAUGUCAAAGAUGAUUAGCAUGGUACCCCUCCAUGAAAUUGUGAAAUCGUAUUUGAUCUAAGUAUUAAAAAUAUCGCGUACACUUUCAUGUAUGUAUGUUGUUUUGUUUGUGAGAAGCCAAAGGUAGGUAAACUUAAAUACAGGCUCGAGAUUUUAAAGUCUAUAGAUGUUUGUUAUAUAUUACAAAACCAACAAGGUGCCUAAAUAUGUUAUUCUUUUUAAAUCAGAACCGCGGGGUGUAUCUUUCUCUUGACAUGAUAUGCUCUGAGGUUGGGCUGAUAUCUGUCAAAUAGGUUUUGUUGUGAACUAGAUUGUUGUGAAUGUUUGGUAGGGGGAGUUGUUAAUCGUGACAGUGUUUUUGUGAGUCGUAAGUCGUAGGGUCAGAUCGUGGAGUUGAUUCGUGAUGUUUGAGCUUUACGGUAUGCGGAGUGUUUGUUGUGUAGAGAUAUUAAAGGCAGUGUGUGAGGUGAACAGAAGAGUGUGAUUUACAGGGUGGAUAGUAUUUUGGUUAGAUUCGCUGUGGGGCUUUUAGCCUGAGGAUAAUAUUUUUCUGCGAGAUGUAGGCCUAUUUAUGUAUUAGCUUCAUUGUGUACCAGGUGGAUGUUUUAGUUCUGUGAAAAUAAACCCAUAAAUAAAAUAAACAAGGGUGUUAUGGGGGAAAUGAAAUCUAUUGUAUGCCUUUUUUUAAACAAAUAGUAUUAUUUUAAAGUUUUAUCAAGUAUUGUUUUUUUACGCUCUUAGAUGGGUGCAAUAUAAUUUCUUGCAGUUAAACAAUAACGAAGCACAUAAAUUACAAACUCCGGGAACCAUUGAAAUUAGAAGUCAUCGAAUGAUGACUCACGCACAUGUCGUGCGAAAGCAAAGAAUUUAAUUUUUUUUUUACGGGGAUGUGAUGUCGUUUUGUUAGGAUAUUAUAGAGUUGUAGAGGAUUGUCCUCGGGUGUCCAGAAAGGAUUAUCAAGAUCGCACAACGCUAUAUGGUUUUUUAAGAUAACAAAUGCAAUAAUUCUACACAAUCCAUGGAAAUUUUAAAAUCUUAUAAGCAUAACAAUAAAGAAUUGCUUUUUCAUGUACAUUAAUUUACUGGUAUUUCAACCAAUAUUGUCAACUCGAAGAAUAUCCAGUCAUAUUUCAUAGUUAACAUAUAAACAGGAACUAUGUACAAUGACUGUACGCUACUCUGACUGUGUUUUAUUCAUACAUGCGAUACCAUCUGGAAUCUCGAAACUAAUGGCUGGUACAUACGGUAUACAAAAUAGCCAUUAGAUGACCCUUAUAGUGAUCGUGUUUACCUCUCCGACGUUAGGAGGCAAUUUAGGAUCCAGGUGAAGAGAACUAAGCACGUGCUCCCUUUCCCCUUGUCGUUAUAUAUAUAGGCAGGCCGCCGACUCCUGUUUCGGUGAUUUUUACGUUUAGACCCGCUCUGGUGGAAAAAAAAUUAAACGUCUAGAUUAGAACAGAACAAAUGAAAACACUCCGCGUCACGUUCUCCAGUCGUCGCUAUUUAGGUUUUUUUUAUUUGAAAUUUAAUUGGCCUAACAUAAACCAAGGGCGGCAAGGUGAACGGAAGGAUCUCCAAUCCACGUGCUCCGAUCGGAAGGUAUCUACAUGUUUAUUUUUAUUUUAUUUUUAUUUUUUUGUUGGCAGGAGUAUUGGAAUCCCGUUGCUUACAUAGGGGAAUGCUUCAAUGACAAGUGAAGAGUGAAUAUUUACAUAGGUAAUAGGGAUGCUCGAAACUGCAUACCACAGAGAUGACACAGCGCAGUGUUGUCUUGGGGCGCUCGGUUUGAUUCCAUUCAUGGUCCGUUCGCUGGACUUGGGUGGAAUCGUCAGGCAUAUUGCGUUGAAUUUGGUGCGUACGCUUAGACUUAGAGCGAUGAAGUCUUUUAUCUUAAAAUGGAAGUAUGCGUGGAUAUGAAUGUCUUAAAUCAUAAUACAGACAGGGCUGUGUCAGUUAUAUACGUAAAAAUUAGGUUGUUAUGUAUAUCGCAAAAUGUCUAUCAUUAUUAUCCAGGUAAAAUCGGGUCAUAUAUACUAGUAUAGCAAGAUUGCAAUUGUAGAUCUCAGCGUUCAAGAAAACCUGCGUGAAUCUCGUUAAUGCGUCUAGAUACGCGCAAGUAGGAAAGGGUCAAAGACCACGAACUUAAGUAAAGAAGACCACGAACUUAAGUAAAGGUAGAAGGUUGAGAAGGCUAACUUCGGACUUGCUGUUUGCACUGACUUGGCAUAGGCGUGAAAUAUAAAUAAGCUCUUCAUUGGGACUCUUCUUGUCCUCUAAUUGUUGAUUGAUCCAAUGGAGGUAUCGUAUUUGCAGAAUUAAUCGAUUUGACUCAACUGUUUCGAUUCUUUCCUUCAAAUGAACAUUAUUCCUUUUAUUGAACACUGGUGCGGGAGCCACAUAUGAAACAUUAGAGUUGGGAAAACUCUUUGACAAGCCGCGUUUCAGUGUUUAAUCUACCUUUGCCACAGCAAUUUUAGUGGCUGAGUAUGCAGUCAGCGUUUCAUUAAACAAUCAAUGAAACAGACUCCCAUAUUGAAUUACAUAGUUCAUUUGUUUAAUUAUAAAGUGGAUGGAUACUUGUUUUGUGCACGAACGGAAGUGUUUUGUUGUUUUUUUUAAAGUUGAAGUCUGAUAUACUACUGAAAUAUUUUUUGAAAUUUUACAUCUUUUAAUGUCGAUUUUUUUGUUGUUGAUUAAAAUGGGAAGUUUAUAUAAAUAAUAUAAUUAAAUAGUAAGAAGUCCAUCAAUUAUUUUUUUAAUAAUCAUUGGGAUUAAAAAAAAAAAAAUUAGUAUCAGUACAUUUUUUUUGUAAAACUGAAAUUGUUACUAAAUAUAGUAGGCUAGUGUACGACAAUGGCUAUUUUAAUAUAUUCCUUAGUUUUUCUGUGACUAACGGUCUUUUCCCCACAGUAAAUGUCCUUUGAUUUUCCUAUUUUUACCUCGUUAUAUGAAAUAUUACAAACCUAGCGCGUAGCCUUGGUGGUACGCAAAAAAAAAACAACAUAAAACAACUAUUUAAUAAUGUUUGUCAUAUUUUGUAAUUAAUACUUUUUUGCAUAUAUUUGUUUGUAUUACAAUAAAUAUGUUCCGGGGGCAAAAGUAGUCUUUUUUUACUGAUCGCCCGGGAUAACUUUGUCUCUAUAUUAAGUCGCCUCAAGUCCAGCAUUUCCCCCUCAGCGAACAAACAACAUUAAAAACAAUAAAAUAAGAAUAGCAUUUAACUGAAAAGGAGUACCCAAGGGGGCGGGAAAAGAAUGGUGAAAACAUAAAUUUUGCAGAAGCGCCGGGAAUCGAAACCUUAUAGGAACCACUGAACUAGCUUCAGGUUCUUUUUACCAAAGCAUGGGAAUGGGGCUGAUUAUCAUAAGCUUCAGGUUCUUUUUCUAAAUACUCCUUUCAAACAACACAAUUAUAUUUGCUACCGUAUAUAUUUUUCUCGUAUAGCAGUUACACUGCGCAAAAAUAAUUUAAGGAAACAUUAAUUCGGACAUACUUUUUAGAAGAUAAACGUUGGUGAAGUUUUAUAUGAUCAAAAAAUAUAAGUGAUCCCAAUGACAGUAACUGAGUUUCAAAACCAAUAUAUUAACAUAUGCAAAAUGACAAUCUGCUGCACAGUUUUGGUGCAGUUUUCAGAACACGAAAGGCUGAAAUAAAAUCGCACAGUUCCACCUUAUGUAACUUUUAAGGUUGCUACUAAUUUACUGCUUAGCCAUCUAUUAAUGGGACGAACUGUUAUAAUUUUGUGCCAGACACAUAGGAAGAUGCUCCCCGGUGAUCUGAUCUGAACUGGCAAAUAUUCUGGCCAGUAAUGAAUGGCUGGCUUUGGCCAAAGCUGCACGAACGAUAGGACCUACUUGAUUUGUGGAUAAUGAGGUACAUCUUGCUCAAAUCCCUAUGUCGUGACCGACUCAGCUUUUCCUACUAACCCUGCUCGGGGACGAGAAUGUGAGCGUACUGUACCGGAACACCAGAGCCUAGUGGGGGGUCCAUUGCGCUCAUAGCCGAACCAUUCUAGAUUCCCAAGGGACACACCGCUCAAAUGUUGAGUUCGGGGUCUUGGCAGCCAUCGACCGAAUUCAAUGACUGGGGGCUGUCUUGCGUUUCCGGCUUGAAGUAGGCUUCCAACCCCCUUAUGGGGCUCUAGCAGGUUCCAACGACUGAUUCCAUUUGGCCGCUUGGGACUAGGGGUUACGAAUUGUCCAUCGAGUCUUUUUAGUACUUCAAUGUCCAGCAAACAUUCUAUUAAUGUGUGUGUAUAUAUAAAAAUGUAUAAAUGUGUUAUAGAGAAAAUUCGUACAUGAUCACAGAGAGAAACAGUUGCACCAGUCUGCUUCCGUAUUUUUAGAAUCGGAAAUUCAAAAAGCCUUAUUCUAUAUUGGCUGUUCUUAAUUCCGGUUUUAAUAAUAUUACAAUAGUACAUGACCAAAUUUGUGAAUUAAAAAUGACUCACAAAUCGUUUAUCAAACAUACAUAAUAUUGGUUGGUACUCAAAUGAGAGCUUACAAAUUGCAUGAUUUUUUUAUACCAAGUUCAGCAAUAUGUCGCGGAGAAAUAACCCAAAUAUUUUAAAUAUUAAAAAGCUGCCCUCUGUUUCAUUAUUUUAUGUGUUAAAAAUUCAAAAUCCGCCGAUAUGCACGUGUCCUAUUAAUAGUAAAGUUAUGUAAUUCUUUAACUUUGGUUCGAUUUCGAAUCUGAGAAACAAUUGGUAAUGCAAUAAAUGUUAUAUAUUUUCCUUAUACAAAAUAUAGCUCGGGGUUUUUAACAAAUAACAACUGAGCCCUAGCUUAACUCACGCGAUCUACAUUGAUAUUGAAAACAAGGAAUAGGAAAACUUCUUAUUAUCUUAUCGAAAACGGAAGGAUAGAGAAUGAUUUUCACCAAAUGGUGUCGACCUUGAUAUUUCUAGAUCCGUCCGUAGGAAACACGACAAUGAAACUUUUUUGUACAUCAGUAUUUCCUUAAUAACUUUCAACAGCGUUCAGACAUUCUUUACGUUUUCUAUUUCAUUUGUUUAAAAAUAAAAUAAAAAUAAUGCCGUUGAAAAAAAGGGACGUAUAAUUAUUCUUCUAAACCUAAUUUCCAACUCGUUAGCUUAAACCCGAAAUCGAAUAUACAUAUAGAGUGAAAAAUGGGCAAUGGGGUGUUUAGAUAGAAAGAGAUUACUUAAGACGUGUCUUUUUUUUAUUCACAUAUAAGAAUGAAAUGAUUUCAUUAUAUUCGUAGGCUAAAAGCAAACAAUACAAUUAAAGAUUUGCCGAAUGCAUUUUACACUGCCAGGUUAACACCUAAACACCACCAAAGAAAAUAUACGGAAUGAGAGAGUAACAAUGAAAGUCAAUGACCCAAAGAGCGAGGUGUUUUCAGCCUCAUGCGGGGAGAGAGAGGAGGCGCAGCCCCCUUCUAUGCAUCUGCAUUCGCUUGUAGCUCAAGAAAAAUAAUUUAAAUUUUGAUCUUUUAUGUCAAAAAAGAAACGCCAUUGCAUAGCCUUAGGUAAUGUACGUCUUGGCGUGUCAUUAGCGCCUCGUUAAUCGGGAUUUUCCUGGGUGGGAAUUAACAGGAUAGAUCGCGUAUCCUGGGCAGAUUUCGUGAUGAAAACAUCACAGUAGCCUCUGGCAAGGUAGCUAUCACGACCUGUCUCACUACAUGGUCCGUAUUUUAUGUAUAGCAUGUAAACGAAAUUUCAACAUUUUGUCAAAAAGCCAAUGGUGCCCUGUUGUGUUAACUAAAAUUGUAAUCUUAUACCCUGUGGCGGACCAGCAGGAGCUAUCCACAUUUUCGCAGGGACAAUACUAAACUAAAUAUUAAUGGUUAUUUAUUUAGAAUUUUUCAAUGUUCUUAAAUUAUUCACCUCAGUGACUCAGGGUACGAGAUUUUGCCUGUCCACAGACCACCACUGUGAGGCUGACUACAUUAUACUAUAGCUGCCAUCCUAUUUCGAGUAUACAAUUUAUAUUUUCAUCAAUUUUUAUCGUACCUGGUGAAUGACACUGUUUGUGACAUCAUCGUCAUCAAUGGUGCCUCAUCACAUCAUUCCAUUCAGAUCGAUUCAUGGCUUUUCGACUCUAUUCGUGGACUUUCAACUAAUGUAAUGCCUUGUCCACAUCAUCAAUCCAUUUCAGUCUUGGUCUACCGGUGAAACCUUGGUUUCUGUCUGCAAACCACAUUUUCUUCCUAUGAUCGAGGUGUCACAGCGUAGCCUGCUUUUUUUUAAAACUAUCGUAUCGUUUGAUUGGAUAUUCCUAUAAUUGUUAUAAUUCCUGAUUACUCCGAUUUCUCCAUCUAUCAUUCUCGUGUACAUGCCCAUAUAUUUUUUAUAUUUUUCUCUCCCACAUAUUAAUCAGGUUUUCGGCUUUCUUAUUAAAUGUCUAUUUCUCAUACUACUGGUCUUAUAAUAGUGAGGUAUAUAGUUUACUUUGUUUUCCUUGAGAUGUUUCUGCUUCUUAGUAGCUUUAGAAGACUGAAAUAUGAGCGGUUGCGUGCUGUUAUCUUUACCUUCACGUCCUUACAUUUAGCUCAUUUAUGAUGAGCCUAGUUAUUGGAAUGUAUUCACUGUCUCAAAUGUGUGGAUUUUAUUUUGUUUUAAUGUUAUCAUGUUAUAUGUCUGUUAAGUGACAUUACCAUGCACUUGGUCUUUGCUUCAUUCACCGUUAUAUCGUAUUAAUUCAUUAAACGCUCGUAUGAUGUGCUAUUUCUGUCCUUUAGAGCCAUGUCAUCUGCAAAUGCCAGCUAUUACAAUGUUUGGCUAUAUAAUGUUCUCGGUGGCUGUAGUUUUGUAACGUUUCUCUGGAAAUAGUUUUGAUCGUUCCACUGGUGUUCACAUCUGUGUUCCGCAUAUCUUUAACUAAGGUGUUUGUAACAACUUGUAUGAAAAUCAGAACGAUUUCUAGGAGGCUAAGUUUAAAUUUCUUUUACGGGCAUGACGAUAUUCUGUAAAAACUCAAAUUUUAUCGGACAAGUAUAUAAUUGCUAGUCCAAAAUUUAAGGCUAUCCACAGAAAUUCAACCCAUUCAAAAUCGUUCACAAAAUAUAAAGUAAAGUACUAUGUUUAAAUUCAAAAUAGCCUCGACAGGUUGGCAAAAAGGAGAGGGAGUUAGGGGGGGGGUAUGCAAAAGUUAGGGGGGGGUAUGCAAAAGGUAUUUGUAAAUAAAAUUGUGAGAGCAGCUUCGUUUACUAGUUUUUUUAUGUAUUGUCUUGCGUAACUUUAGCGUAGACCUCCGCUUCUUUCAUCAUUUAAAUUAGUUCAUAUUUUCUUUUGAACUUCCUUUGAUUAUCUUGUACUGUAAACAUUAAUAAACAUUUACAUUUUAUGUUACCUGUGUACCGUUAGCACGAUUUUGAGUUCAACAAUUGGGGGAGGGGGUGAUGGGGUGGGGGCGGGCUGCUGCCAUGCUGUUUAUUUUAUCACUUUAAUUUCCUUUACAUAAUUGUGAAUUCUUUAUUUAACUACUGUUAUUGUAACAUUAAUAACUUAGCUUUAUUUUUGUACAUUACAUAUAUUACACAUACAUGUACAUGAUUUUUAUACUUAGAAAUAACUUGCUCAGAGUGUGGAUGAUAUGUUUGGUACUCUAUGGCAGCGUUUCCCAAACUUUUAAGUUUCACGGACCGGUGGACAAGUUUCGAAACUGCACCAGGGACCGGUGCCAGAUUUAUUAAUUACAUUUUCUUUCUAUUUAAUAAAUGGAGAAACGUGUGAUGCCUAUAAAUCUCUUAUUAAUUAUAUUGCUUGUUUUGAUUUUACACUUUUAAGGGCAGCAAAAGUUCAAGUGUGAAAAGGGAUUAUUUUGAUAAUCGAGGAAAGUCGUGGCGUUUUAUUGCAUGGUUUAUCAAGCACAUGUUGAUCGCCUCCUUAAUGUCAGGCUUGUGUCGUCUGUGCUGGUCAUCUCAAGGCUGAUAAACGCCGGGUACUGGAAGAUAUGAUAACUGGACACCGCUUGCAUUUGGUUACAGUUGGUCUUUGAUGAAAUAUUAAGCGUUGAGAUAUUCUUAGAUAAGUUUUAAGAGCUUACAUCAGGUUGCAAGGACGUGUGCUCAACGAAGCAGACUUUUGAAAUUAAAUUUCCUUAAAGCUUUAUAUUAUGUAUGCAUAUUUUUUUUUGUCGGCCACCUGUAUAUUUAGAUUCUUCUGUUUUUUGUUUUUUUUUAAGAUGGGAGAGAUUUUAGUUUUAUUCUCUGUCGUGUUAAGCCUUUUUGUUUUUUAAACCAGCUGCCAGCAAGUCAGUGACAUUGUUAAUAGCUUAUCUGAAUGUUGUCUUGUUAUUGCCUUGAAUUAUUAUCGACCUUUGUAAAGGUGGUGUUCGACCACAGCACCUGUAUCAGGCUUAAUGGACUUAACUACUUUGACUUUUGCUAUUUUUUCCUGCGGUUUGGCUUUAUUGAUCAUUUGUGAUACUUUGAUGAGGAUGAAAGUCUGAAGAGCCAUUUGUCCCAGGAGUAUAGACAUUUUAACCACUCCGAUUCCUUGGCUUGUCUAGACGGUUGAAUUUCAAAAAGUGUGCCUUGUAAAAAAUGCGUUUUUCCACCUUAAAACUUUAAACCCAUAUCAUUUUUUUUUAAAUUAGAAGAUAUGCCUUUUUUUUUUAAUUGGCGCUCUGAACAUCAAGUAAUAUUAUGAAUUAUGUAGCAUCAGUUAAAGAAAGAACCUGAAUUGUUCUCCGUUAAUUAAGUCAUGUGAUAUUAACAUUUCUAUUACAUUGUCUACAGGGUGACAGGAGGUGAACUAUUUGACCGUAUUGUUGAGAAAGGAAGUUACACAGAGAAAGACGCUAGCCUUCUUAUCAGACAGGUUUUAGAAGCAGUGGAUUAUAUGCACGAUAGGGGAGUCGUACACAGGGAUUUAAAGGUAAGCCUUGCAAGGAUAUAUCAUAGAAAUACAGUAGGACUCGGUUAUGUCGACGGCCUCGGGGUUUGCCAAAAAGCAUCGAGAUAACGGAAAACCAAUAUGGCGGCAAUAUAUUAACAUGUGCUUGAAAUUUCUUUAUGUACCGCGAAUGGCUGCCCAGGACAACGUUUGGCACACAGGUUAAUUAUGAACAUUUAUACCGGGGUUUUUAAACCUUGAAUUAAAACGUAUUUAUUUAAAUUACUUCUAGGUCCUGUAUUUUUAGAAAUAAGUAAUUGUUUUUAAUUAUGAAAAACUUGUUUAUUUGUUGUUUGCUAUUUCUUCUUGCGGAGUUCAAAAGCCGGCGUUUGGUCAUGGGGAUCGAGAUAAAUGAGGUUAAUUGGCAAAUUUGGCCGCCCUUUGUGCUCGAGAUAUCAGGGUUCGGCAACAUAAAAGAAUCGGCAUAAGCCAGGAUAAAAUGCUAAGACAAAGAGAGAAUUUGGCGGUUCCACUUCAAAAACGUCGGUUCCACUUCAAAAACGUCGACACAACAGGAUUGGCGAGUUAACCGAGGUCGAGAUAAGCGGGUUCGACUGUAGUAGUUUACUGUAUUGUUAAAUAAUAUUACCUCACAUAAAUGUCAUAACAAUUCAAUUGUGACCCCUUUUCCCUAAUUUAUUUAUUUCUUCUUUUUUUUUUUUUUUUUUUAUUUUUGUUUUUUGGCAUAAGGGGUUGGGUUGGUUUGUUUUUUUUGUUUUGUUUUUUUUUUUUUAGGGGGCUGAGAGCGCAAACAGUUUAAUGAUUUGUUAAGUGUUACACGUUAUAUAUGUUUUUAUUUAAAUGUGGUUAUAUAUCACACAUUGUGGAUACUAAUGUCACUUUAAUGUACUGUUGGGGCCGGCUUUUAAUAUAUAUUAUAAAUAAUCAACUAGACCCCAUUAGAUAAACUCUAUUUUAUAUUGCGAAAACUAGCAUCUAAUUUAACAGAGCUCCGGAGCUGCGACGCUAACAAUUCAUAGUUACAAUACUUAAUCGGAAGCCAUGUAAAUGCCUUCUGUUGAAUGCAUGUGAAGAAACUUUCAUUAUCUCCACUCGCAUACAUACACACGGAAAAAAAGAGAUAGAGGAAGGGAAAAACAACACAACUCAAACGGGUUAGGAAAAUCAAUGAGAGGAUGCCUGAAGAUGUACGCGGUAUUACCCGGUAUUACCGCAUGCCUCUAAGAGGACGUUUGAUUGGCGUCAGCCGGCAACAGACAGACGAUUGGCGUUUCUAGCAGAAUCUUGCUCUUCAUUGAUCUUCUAAAAUCUUUAUUCUGUCUCUCAGAGAGGCAUGUAGCUUGAUAUCUCAUGACAGCAUCUUAGUAUGGAAAAAAAUGAUCCCACAAUCCCACUAAACCAGAGAUUAAUUUAUGUUGCUUAGUGUCGCAUCAUAUCGCCUGUCGAACCAAAAGGCGUCUGCUGGUAAAGUCUGGUUCUUAUUUUUUAUAUGCGAUUCAUGAGACAUGGAUAAGAUAAUUGAGAGAGUGUGAAGGGUUUAUGUGAGUCAUGAGAUGUUAUCUCUGAAAAGAUAACGGGUUUCUGCGAGUCAUGAGAUAGAGGUGAGAAGUUUAUUCGAGUCAUGAGAUGAUGUUAUCUCUGAGAAGGUUGGAGUUCAUGCGAGUCCUGAGAUAGAUAUAUCUGAGAGUUGUUCAGGGGUUUAUGCGAGUGCUGCAAUAAUGAUAUCACAGAGGUGAGGGUUAUUUUGCGAGUAAUAAGAUAAGGAUAUAUAUGGGAAGGUGAGGGUUUUAUGCAAGGCCCGAAAAAUUGGCGCAGAUAAAAAGUAAACAUUUUUUUUAUAAUUAUAAGACUUUUAAAAAUGAUAGGGCUUCGUAGCCUGUCUCCCUGACCCAGAAAAUCCCCCAAUUACAGUGAUUUACCAACGUUAUCUAACGAAUGUGUCAUCAUUACGUGAACGUGUUUACUCUGUUUGUAUGUAAAAUGCAUAGAAUAAAAUCUGCGUUCGUGCAUUACAUUGUCUUGCACAUAUUUUGGAGUUCGCAUUUAGUCCAAGUCACGCCUUUGUAUGAAGUUAUAAAGUCCGAACGAGAAAUUAGGCAUGAGACGUUGUAUUAGUUUUUAGUAGUUUGACUAGGUGGUACAUCGUUUAAAAGUUUGCAAACUAUAAAUUGUUGUUUAACAUUGCCCACACGUUUUCACAUUCUCCUUCUUCUGUCUGAUCAUAUUUACACAAACAAAAAGAUGCCAAAAAUUGCAACUGCUAUGCUAUAUGUGUUAGACAUUCAAUAGGCGUUCAAAUAAGUAUUCAGGCCUAAACAUCUUGCUCAAAAGAAGACUCUUCUUAAUACUGGACUCAGUUCAAAUUGUUGUCGAAAUUGGAUGGCAGAUUUGGACUGACGAAAAACGGCAGCAUAUAAAGUCAUUGCGUCAAACAAAAUCCGUCAGACUUUUGACCUUUAUCUUAUACUGAUGUAAUGCCGUGCCGAGGAACCCAAUUCUUAUUUAAUGAAACAACUGAUCCUCUGUUAGACUCACGUCUGCCUUACCACCACACCUCAGUGUGGUGGAGGAGAAGGGGAGGUGUCCAUAUUUCAUGCACCAGGAAGAAAUAAGAUUCCUAUCUCCCCCGGCUAGUGGGCGAAUAAUUCUUUCAUUUAAUCUUGUCAACGUUAGGGGCCAUUCCGGUGAUUUCUUGCCUGACCUUUUAGUAAAUUUUAGUUCAUCACAACCGUUGUCUGUUCACUUGUGGCGGGUUAUGCUUUCAAGCAGGAAAAACUCCUUUGGAACGGUGUUUAGAAAAUGUUGUUUUUUAAAAUUGUGUUAAUGUUUUGAAGGUGAAAAAUAUGUGGAAAGUUGGAAACCUGGAUAUCCUUAAGUAUUCAUUAUACCCCGUCCACAUUACCCUUAACCUAUCGGAUCCCCAUUAACCUUGCCUUCUUAUCACCCUUUGCCCAUUACCCCUUCACUCUCAAUCAUUACCCUCUCCCAUAAUAUCUACCCUCUCAUCACCUUUUCCCCAUUUCCCUUACCCCCUCAAUCACCACCCUCUCCCAUUACUCAUGCCUUCUAUUCACCCUUUCCCCAUUAUACCAACCUCUCAUUCAUCACCCUCUCCCCUUUAAACCUACCCACUCAUCACCCUCUCCCCAUUACAUCUACCUCUUAUCACCUUUUCCCCAUUCCUCUCAUCAUCCUUUUCCCAUUACCCUACCCUCUCAUCACCCUUUUCACUUUGCCACUCUAUAAAUUAUCAUAUUAAAUGACUUAAUAAAAGUGUAUAUGUUACCGGCAAUGUUUGAAAUGCAGGUAUUGUACAGAAUGCCUAUGCAUUAUAUAGAAUGCCUGAAGUUUGUAGGCAAAUUAUGAAAUAUUUGAUUUUCAAGAUAAUGUUACAUACUUUGCUUAUGCAUUGUAUAUGUUACCGGCAAUGUGUGAAAUCCGGCUUUGUAUAUAUUGCCUAGGAAUUAUAUAGAAUGCCUGAAAUAUGUAGGCAAAGUAUGAAAUGGUUUUUAUUUCAAACAUUUCCUAGGCAUUCUAUACAAUGCCGAAGAGCAACCCGGAAAUGUAUAGAAUACCCCGCCAUUUAUGUUUGAUUCUUUGCUCGGAGGUGCCCUCCCUUUGAUGUUUUGCAAGACAUACAGACAGGAAGAACUAAACAAAAUAAUAGCGUUCAAACAACACAGCAAGAAGAAGCAAAUCACCAGAUGCAAGAUAUAAAGAGCCUACAGAUUACUGAAGAGAAUGCAAUAAAUAAUGGAGAAAACCAAACUGAUUGUGACGGCAUGGUUACCGAAGAUCAUUCCACUUCUGCUGUUUGUUGUGUCUGCUUAGAAGAAAGCAGCGGUGCCCAUACAUUCCGAAAAUGUCGCCGUAAUAUUCAUGUUAUCUGUGGGAAUGCUGCUUAAGACGACGGAGACGAGGAAAUAGAGGGUUAUAGUGUUGGUAUUUUGUGCGGUCUGUGUUUCAAGAGUAAGAGAGCUUUAGAAUUGCGCUACAGAAGCUAUUCGGAACUUCUCGGAUGACAGCAAAAGUGUUUUUAAUACUGACAGACGCAACCGAUCUGUGCACAUCGAUAAAAUGACAUAUUUUGUUGUGGAAGAAGCUACAGGAGAAUAAAUCUAGAAAAUAAUCUAAACCGAAACUUGAAAUCCAGGCAAAAACAAAAUCAAAAAACAAAAAGAAAAUAAACUCUCUAGGAGCCACUGUGCGAAUUUCUAUUGCUGACAUUGGCAAGGGACUGGGUGACUCGUCCUAUACUUAUUUCAUAUUUCUUCUUUCGUUUUCAAAUGUGUUUUCCCAAUAAAAAAAUUUUAUCACGCUCUUUUCAAACUUUGCCUGAAGUAUAUUUGUCAUUAUGUAUAAUACCUAGGCAAUGUAUCAAAUUCCUAGGCAAAGUAUGUAACAUAAUCACGAAAAUCAAAUAUUUCAUACUUUGCCUAAAAACUUCAGGCAUUCUAUAGAAUUCUUAGGCAUGCUGUACAAUGCCUGCAUUUCACACAUUGCCGGUAACAUAUACACAGGCCUUAGAAAGAUCCUGAAAAUCAAGUGGCUAAAUUUUACCACCAAGAAAGAUCUACUAGAAAGGACUCACCAGAUGCACAUUGACGAAGACAUCUCAAAUAAAAGAUGGAGAUGGAUAGGACUCUCCGAAAACCCUCAGAUAGCACCACCAAACAAUUCCUAACAUGGAAUCCACAGGGAAAAAUAAAGAGAGGAAAACCUAAGAAUACAUGGAGACGCGAGCUAGAAGCAGACACGCAAAAUAUUGGAUACACCUGGAAACAAAUGGAAAGGAGGGCAUAGUACCGUGAUGAAUGGAUAAUUCUUGUGGAUGGCCUAUGCCCCAGGGUAAUAAGGGGAGAGACUGCAAUCAGGUUAGUACAAUAUAAAAUAAGUAAAACAGAGUAGAGUUAAAUCUGAAAAAAUAAACGCAACAAUACAACAAAAGUGUUGGCAGAAAGCCUUCGUCAGCGAACAAAACAACAGAAAAAAAUGUUUAAAAUUAAAAAUAAGAAUAAGAAAUUGCACUUAGCUGGGAAGUAGUAUGCGUGGGCAGCAAAAGAAGUGGGUAAAAAGGCAUAAGAAUAAGAUUUUGAAAGUGACCAAGGCCCAGAAUGUAUGUGUGAAAGAAUAUCUAAAUAUUUCGGUUUCGGUCGAAAAUCAUUUACUUUCGGCCUAGUUUCGAUUUUGGCCGAAAUCAGAAAAUCACUUUCUGUCGGUACAGAUAUUUAAAAUUGUACAUAGUUUUUUUAAAAUAAAUAAGUUUAAGUACAUGUUUUUACAAUUUUUACAAAAUAUCAUUACUUUGUAGUUCAAGGACGUGAAAAGGGUUAAGUUGACCUUUAUUAAUAAGAGAUACAAAUUAAUCAAACCAAAUGUUAAAAACGUAAACAUCUAUAAAUAGAUACUUCUUUAAAAAUACGGAAAUUCUGAUUUACAAUUUCCUAAUUAUACAUUCAAAUGAUAUGGGAAAAUUGUCGUAAUUUUCUUUUCAGGCAGGAUGCAGUACAUCAAACUCGAUUCAGUUAAAAACUUAAAAUAUGAUUUUUAGAUGUUGAGACUUCGAAGUAGAAAGUAGCUACAUUAUUAACCCGGUAACACCCGGUCAUAACUCAGAUAUUGAUAUUACACUCUUGCCCCUAAUAUUAACAGUAGAACACAAUUCUAGGCUUCCAUAUGAAGCUGUAGCGAGUCUGUGAACCCUUCUCUGUUGGUCAAUGGCCAGAUAAAAGAUGAUAGCUGUAAUGGAAUGUUAGUAGUCGCUCAUGUUGUUGUCCAGUACUGCAUUGGUUGCUCUGCACACCCUGUUGACUGUGGUAUCAAGGAUGUCAUUUGAAGUGCUAUCAGUUUUCAUGACCCCAGUCAAGCUAUGUCAUGCAGCAUCUCUAUCCGUUUGCUAAUAAUGGAAUUCUUUGUUGUACGGCCGCAAGCAACACUUAGGGAAAGCUUCAUCUAAAUCGAAUGUUAUUUUUAAGGCGGUUUUAAAGUACAUCAUCCUAAUUGUAUAACAAAAGAAGACAUUGCUGAAUAAUGAAUAGUUAUUCAUUUAUAAGACAUGCGUUGCUAUUCUUUUACCUUGGUUUAGUGUCAUUUGAAGUGAAAGUUGUCUGCCUGUUUUCAAGAUUGUACUUGUAGCUACUCUAAACCGUUUACCUUUUACAAUUUACCCCAUUUGUUUGUUUAUUUAGCUUCAUCAAGCAGUCCUCAGCAUGUCUUUGAAAUGUUUCUUCAUAUUUUUUUGUUAAAGUCUUUUCCAAGAUUUUCGUGAAGCGAGAUUCUCACCACCACUCCCUCCCCACCUUUUAAAGCUUUUAUUUAACUUAGUUUGUGUGGGAUUUUUUUUUUUUUUUUUUUUUUUUUUUUUUUUUUUUGUUUUUUUUUUUUUUUUUUUUUUUUUUUUUUUUUUUUGUUGUUGUUGGAUUUACGGGGCUGCUGGCGGGCUAGAAAGUGGGCGCAGCUGAGCGCCCAUUGAAGCUAACAGGAUGUCAUGCUGAAAUUCGCUUUCAGCAUCUCUCUCUGGCAGUUAGUAAAGGAAAAAAUAGUCUAGUCAUUAUUCUUACAAUGGCUAGUACAAAUAAUGACUGUCUAACAAAGGGGCUUUUGAACUCCUUUCUUCCUUGCUCAGUCGACUGCAGGUGCUGGUGCUACUGGGGGCACUAGGAAGGUGCCGCGGUUCACCUCCCAAAAUGCCUACUAGUAAUAUAGCUAAGCUGUUGGGUCGGAUGGAAAAUAACUCAACAAGUUGCUCCAUGGCUGGGUGGUGGGCGUUGCACUUCUUCAAGAGACCCUACUGAAAAUCAACCAUUGCACAUAUCGGGCUUUUCAGUCUACCGCUGCUUUUGCGUAAAGUGCCGAGGGCUGGGUAACUCUUGUGAAGAAACUCCCCUCACAGUGCAAAACUCUUGAUGGGACAGAGACUCAGACCCUUAUAGUAACUUUAUAUGCUUUUAUAUAACACCAAGAAACACGUUAUGCCUACCCUUGUGUGCCACAAUAAACUUCAAAAAAUAGCAGGGGAUUUUAACGCCAAUAUGGGGGAUAGGGGCUGCCCAGAGAGGAUCGUCUCCAGGCGUUAUUUAGAAGAGGUCGAGCUCUCUACCAACCCCUUGUCCUGUCCGGAUCUCACUCUAGUAUCAUCAGAACUAGAAGCGAAAGUGAUGUUUGAAGUACUUCAUGAGAUUGGUAGAAAACUAAGACUUAGACUUAUCCUUAUAAAUAUUUGGUUAGAAAAGGCAAGGUUUGCUUGGCUUUUCGGAAAAGCCAAAUGGAUCCUAUUCAGCUAAGGAAUAGAAAGCACGAUCGCGGGGUCAGCUGGGAUCCCCGAAGACGCUCAUGACCAUCGAUGUUGCUUACUAAAACCUCUUGAGUGCUAUCUUUAGUGUGGUAACAACAAAAAAAGACCAACCCAGGACAUGGGGAAACCGCAAAGUCCGGUCUUUCUGGACCAAAAGUGUGGAGGAACUCGUCCGUUAAAGGAAAAAAGCCUGGGCCAAAGUCGCCAGGCUGAAGACUGAGCAGAUCGCGCUUCUUACAAGUUGACGACUGAUAUCAGGGCCGCUGUCAUAAAGUCAGAGAAGGAAAAAUGUUCUGGAACGUGUGAAAAACUCAACCUGAUAGACGGGAAAAGGGUUUAGUGAAUGAUUGACUUUCUCCUUUUCUCACUCCCUUUCUCUCUCUCUCUCUCUCUCUCUCUCUCUCUCUCUCUCUCACUCUCUCUCUCUCUCUCACUCUCUCUGGCAUGGGGAAAACGAGAAACCUAAAACCUUUUGCAAACAAAGACAGGCACGGUUACCGAAAGGGUUUAGUGAGUGUUUGUCUUUCUCUUUUUCUCUCUCUCUUUCUCUCUCUCUCUCUCUCUCUCUCUCUCUCUCUCUCUCUCUCUCUCUCUCUCUCUCUCUCUCACUCUCUCUGGCAUGGGGAAAACGAGAAACCUAAAACCUUUUGCAAACAAAGACAGGCACGGUUACCGAAGAUACCAAAAGUGCCGAAGCCAUUAACAGGCAUUUUGCUAAGGUUUCUCUAAAAUAGAGAGAGAAUGUAGAAAACGCCCAGCAGUGGGUACCACAUGCUGAAGUCUUACAGCACCCUUACUCUGGUCGAACUGCAGAAAGCAAUCGAUAAGUGCAAAGCCGCCAAGGCACUAGGACAGAAUAAAAGCUGUAACGAAAUUAUCAAAAACCUUGUCACGAUAGAUAAGACGAUGCUAUUGAAUUUCAUUAACAGAUCAUGUGCCACGGGAGCCCUUCCCAGAGCUUAGCUAAGCGCUACAAUCGUUCCUAUUCCCAAAGAUGGGGGGGGGGGGACGACAAUCAACCAAGCAGCUACAGUCUGAUCUCCCUAACAUUGUGUUCAGGGAAGGUAGCUGAGAGCGUGGUCAACGAUAUACUUUAUUGUUAUCUGGAACGCUACCAUCGUUCCUAUUCCCAAAGAGGGGGGGGGGGGACGACAAUCAACCAAGCAGCUACAGUCUGAUCUCCCUAACAUUGUGUUCAGGGAAGGUAGCUGAGAGCGUGGUCAACGAUAUACUUUAUUGGUAUCUGGAAAGUACCAAAUGUCUAAACGCAAAUCAGGCGAUCUUUCGAAAAGGAAAGCAGCAUAUAUACCAGGUGCUCCGUCUUCUUCAGUCCAUAACCGAUGGUCUCUAGAGAAAGUCACAUACAUUGGCUGUAUUUGUUUACAUCCGACAGGCUUAUGAGGUCCGGAUAUUGUUAAAAUUAAAAGGCUUAUGCGUAACUACAAACCGAACGGAAUACAUUGAAACCUCGAGAAAGAGUACUCUGGAACGAGGAUUACCACUAGGUUCAGCACUUAGUUGCACGCUCUUCCUGGCCUAUAUCAGUGAUUUUUCCAGUAUAUUGGCAACAAAUGCAACCAUUUAUGCUGAUGAUUUGUUAAUCUGGAAUACCUGUAUGGACGCCAACCAACUGCAAGAACUACUACAGUAGCUAUCAGCUAUCAGUAGGUACAUGCAGUGGUGGCAAAUUGAAAUUAACACCCCAAAAAAGCGAUAUAUUUACUAUUCAUGGGGCAGGAACACUCAGAGCUCUACCCUGAGUAGUGUAAGGUUGGUGAUGGACUACAGCAUGUCCAUCAAAUCCUUUGCAAGCAAGACUGGAAUUGAAAAAUGUGACCACUCCCACAGCUGCUUUGAAAAUCAUAGCCAACGUAGAUCCGUUACAAAUUUAAAAAAAAAAGUACAAGAAAACUGUAACUACCGCGGAACAGUGCCGGGGGUUAAAUGAAAAGGAACCCUGCUUCCAAAUGCAGAAUAGCUGGGUGGUGAGGAGUAGACUUAAAAGAUCCUCAUUUUGUACCCAGUUGCGGAACUUGAGAAGACAGUCAAACUCCCCCAAAAAAUAGAGAACGACUGACACCUAUCCCAGUCAUACCGCCAUAUGCGGAACCUUCCCGCCCCGAUAUACGCUAGGCUCGGAAUGACACAGUGACGAAACGCAGCCCUACACAUGUUCAGAAAGCACUGCCCUUGAGACAAUUGAAGGGUUUUUGUGGGAACCCUAGUGAAAGUUUUCACGGACGGAUCGGCCAACUUGAGAGAAAGAAAUGCGGGGUACGGUGCGCUCAUACUAUACUGAAUUUGGAGGGCCACCUAAUGAGGAACUUUCAGGUCUCUGUUGACUGCGGGGGCUUUGGAAAGUGUGCACAGUACGUUGCAGGAGUGUGACUUGACGUUGUCAUAUUCUCAGAUUCAAGAUCUGCUCUCGAGAUCUUGAAUUAGGAAUGCCCGAAACACCAACUUGGUUGAAGACAUCUUGGAUGACGUGGGCAAGAUCGAGAAAAUCGGACGCAAGUUAACGGUUCAUUGGGUACCCAGCAGAUGUAGCUGGUUGCCAGUGUGCUAGCCGGUGCUUUUAGCCUUAGCAGAAUGUGUUUGUUAGUUAUGCCGCCCUUCAAUACAUAGAAAAAAGUGCGCUUGGGGCGGACCUCUAACUUCAGCAACUCCCUUCUUACGUCGGAGUGGAUAUGUAUUUAUUGCAAUAAAAGUGCAUAAAAGGUGAUUAUCAAUUGAAUACUUUUAUAGCGCUUGUAUACAUGCCAUUUUAGCAUUUAAAGGAAUUACCAAUUUAGAGGACUUAAUGAUGAACGGUAAAAGCUUUUACUAUUAAAUAAUUAGUUUCCAUUAUGCUUGCUUGCGUGUGUUGGACAGCGGACAUGUAUUUUGCAUACGUCAAGAUAUGUUUCCUCAAUGCUGUGCUUGUUUUGUUUAAUUCUUUUGGAGCUUGCACUCAUCCUGGGAUUCCAUAUCACUUGAGCGUAAAUGGGCUCUCAUUGUAGAAAAUAUAUACAUUUUAUAUUAUUUAGUUCCAGUAAUACGCUGUAUAGUUUAAUCAUUAGAGGAUUGCGCCUACCCCACUUCUGUUAACACAACAACUACAAUGUACAAGUUUAAUCAAAUUAAAUCCUUCACUUGUUCAUUGAGCUUUGAUCAGCUAGUUUUGUAUUAAAAAUGACUAGAAAUAUCGUCCUAAAGCUUUUUCUUUCCAUUUUUAUGUAGUGUUGUGUUUUUUUUUUGUUCUAAGUAGAAACACUGAAGGUAUGUUAUCACCAGGUUGAGGCCGUGUGCGUUUAGCUUACUAAACAAUUAUUUAAAAACAAAAUUAGUGAACAGUUUCGCCAUACCUCGUUUUAACAGGGAAGGCUAGCCGAAAUAUCUUGACGAUUCAUUUUAAUUGCGAGUAAACUCUUUAUGUGCUGCAAGUUAGUACACCUAUCAAAUAAAAUAAACACCUAAUUCAAUUAUAAUUUUUUUAUAAAAUGAGAUAUACUACAUUAAUAUAACACGUGCGUUUGUAACAAGAAUGAAAAGAAGCGCAAAUUGAAUUUUUAAAAAGCAAAAUCAAUUUUGAUAUAUUCUGCGGGCCACACCAUGCAACGUGUCGGCCGAAGGUUGGCCAUUCUUUCUUUAUCCCAAAAUAAGAUUUACUCCCGUUGUUUAAGUUGGUGCUUAUCGGUCAUCAUAGUAGCGCAUUAUUGAUUGUGUUUCAUGAUUGCCAGCAAGAUAAUAUUUAGUAUAUAUACAUACCGAGAAUAAAUGCAUUGCACUACAAAAACAUCUACACCCUUUUUUAGGCAGCAGAAAAUAUUAUCUACGGUAAUUCUUAAUUUUUACAAAUUCGUUAUGAAUACUGCUGACAGCAGCAACAAGGUUUGCUUAGAUUUGAAUUUAAAGUAACCCAAAAGCAACAAAUCGAAAAUAAGGGAAUUGGAAAAGCUACUGGAGUGUAAUAUUGACAUUUUAAAGGGCAGUUUAGUUGUAAUUAACACUAUAGGAAAUAAUGGCAACUUUUUGUUAUUAAUUUCAACACGAUAAUGUAAUGCGUGUCUGCUUGUACUGUAACUAGUUUAAUUUAUAUUGACAUUUUAAAAAUUUUAAGCGAUUAAAAUAAAUAUUCGUUGCAUAUGAUGAAACAUAAACUGGAUUUUAUUUCAUAGGUUAUUUCAGAAAAACAAAACAUUGUAUAUCUGAGAGUUACCAGCUUAACAUCAAGUCUGUAGCCUAGACAUGGCGCCAUGCAACGCUGCCAUUCAUUUUUAAAAAGUUUUUUUAACAAGAUGUUUCUUCCUCUCUCUCUCUCUCUCUCUCUCUCUCUCUCCCUCUCUCUCUCUCAUCUUCUUCUUCUUCUUCUUCUCCCCCCCCCUCCUCCGGUUUGUAGCUCUUUCCGUUAAUUGUCUAAAGCUCGCCCGUGGAAAGAAGUGGUAGACUCCUGACCUCGACCCAGACGGUAAGAAAAACAAAACAUUGUAUAUCUGAGAGUUACCAGCGUAACAUCAAGUCUGUAGCCUAGACAUGGCGCCAUGCAACGCUGCCAUUCAUUUUUAAAAAGUUUUUUUAACAAGAUGUUUCUCCCUCUCUCUCUCUCUCUCUCUCUCUCUCUCUCUCCCUCUCUCUCUCUCAUCUUCUUCUUCUUCUUCUUCUCCCCCCCCCUCCUCCGGUUUGUAGCUCUUUCCGUUAAUUGCCUAAAGCUCGCCCGUGGAAAGAAGUGGUAGACUCCUGACCUCGACCCAGACGGUUUUCACAAAUGUACCGAGCAUGAAGGGUGCCCAUAGAAUACACAUGGCGCUGAAAACAAAAGGAAGAAUGAAUACGUUGGUAUAAUAAAGUAGACUAUAAAUAACAGAGGGUUCCUUUAUGUUCAAGCCGUCAACUAUCGCUUGGUUUGCACGUAGUUUCGACAUUUUAGAAUGCAUUGCGCUAGAAAUAAAAUAUGCAUAUACAUUGGUGUUCCAUCCCUUAAAAUCUGACAAGAUAUUACAUAGUUGCCUUUAUAUUCAAACUUAAUUUGAUGAUUGUUUUGAAUCCUCUUUGCAUUUUGUUUGCAAGAAGCUUCUGGAUCCAUUUGUCCUCUUUGGUUACAUAUAACAAGCGCCAGCCACGCUGUUUAUUCAAGUAUAUCGACCCUUGAAUGGCAGUGUAUAUUUUUACGGUAAAAUGCUUAAUGUUUGACGUGAUUUGAUAUGAGUAGAAGACCCUUUUUAAAACUCAUGUUUUAUGUCUAGUUUAAGUUAUAACAGUCAGAAUUCUGCGUUAACUUGCAGAUGUAAGACAACGCCACGUAAGUGUUAGAGAACUUCUUAGAUAGUUUUCAGUCAUGGAAGUAACUAGAACGAUGUAGCCGAGGCAAAGACCUAUAACAUUGUGAACAAUCAAGGUAUUUCUAUAAUAAAUAAAUAUGGCCCAAGCAGCUUAAACCUGACAUUAAUCGUGCACAGAAAAAGCGGUAAAUGUUAUGCGAUGUUAAACUAUUGUAUCGUUUGUAUAUCCAUUUAGUUUGCCUUUCAUAAUGUCAUCACUUGCUCAGUGACUCACCAAACAUAAACAGUUGAGCAAUUUAAAUUCUAACAUACAGGUACAUAUAUUAGAAUUGUGACAAGUUUAUAUCAUAGUUUUUGUAUAUUGUGUUCGAUCAUGAAAAAUAGUUGGCGAACGACUACAUCACCUACUUAAACAGUUGGUUCGUGAGUUAAGCAGAUAUUUGUAUCACUCUUUAUGGUACGUGCAGACAUGUUUACUCUUACGAUUUUGGCGUACAAUGUACGAUUUUUAGGCGUAUAGGUUGUAUAUACUGUUUAUUUUUUUACUAUAAAUAUAACGUAUUGUACGAUUUUGUGACGAUAUUCUACGAUUUUAAGAGUUUGACGGUAAACAGGUCUGCACGUGAAACCCGUUGUGUCACUUUUCGCCAAUGCCUAAAUGCGCACAUCUAGAUUAGAAAUAACGGAACUAAGUAUAAGAAUAUUAAUUUACGUCACUAUAAUUGGUUGGGUGACGUGGUCUUAACAUGGCUUUAUUUUAACGCUUCCGUGAAUUGUGGAAAAGUCACUUGAAUAAUAUGCCUAUAAUGCUCAGUGGAUGACAUAAGUCUUAAACCUCGUCUAAACUUUAUGCAUUGAAUUGUAGGUCUGAACGACGGACGAAAAUACGUUAUACUUCAUUGCAGGUAUAUCUUAUCAUUCUACCUUAAAAUCUUCUUGUGGUGUGCUGUCUCAGCUUUCCCAACUGUCCUCUGGAAUCGAAGGGUUAUUAAACUAUUUAAGGUGCUGGCUUCUAUUAUACUUACAGAUAUUUGUUAUAUAAAUGUAUCACAUGAUAUCUCCAGAACCCAGCCAAAAUAUCUAAGCGGUUAUAGCGCAUGCAUCCCCCCCCCCUCCCAGCCUAUAACAGAUGCAGUCCUCUAGCGCUCGUGUUUCUUACUUCCACUUGAUUUCACCACGAAGCUCAGUCCUUAAGUGAACGCAUAAUUUAGCAAGUCAAGCUUGCCCGGCUUUGUCAACGGGAUGAUUGUCGCAUGUGUGCUUGUCGCUUUCUAGCGGUCCAUGUAAAACGCCCAGGGAGCGGUUAAUAAAGGAAACCAGCUUGUUAAAGUCAGGGAGACAGUGUUGAGGAGAUUUCCUAGGAUUGUUCAGACCCCUGUCAUUGCUCUGUCAUUUCUAAGCCCGUCUCAGAUCUAUAACUUCCUUUAUCAGUUAAAUGAAGUGUUCAUUAUUUUCAAACCAUCGAUGCACUGUUGUUAUCGCUAUCGGUUUCGAACUAAAAUGCUCUCUAAGUCAUAGUUUAUAAGUUUAUUGCUUCAGCUGGCGACCCCGCAUAAAUUCCUUCGCAGCCCCAUAAUUUAAGUCACUUCUCAUGGGCUGGAAACCAGUGCUCUAUUAACUUGAUUAUCCAAAGAUUUUAAUGUGUCAAACUACCUUUAUUUAGUUUUUUAAAAUAUAUUUCCAAAAUCAAUAUAGUAAGACAUAUACCAAGACAUAUACCCCGGCUUGCCUGCUUUUGAAUUUCUCCAGGUGAUCAUAUUAAUAGUGGACAGUAAAAAUAAUGGUACGCCAUAGUUAGAAUGUCAUGUAGUUAAGUUUUUAUAAAAACCCGCGUGUGCGGCAUAAUUGUCUAUUGGAGUUCCUCAAGGAUCGGUCCUUGGUCCGGUCCUUUUCAUCCUCUAUACUAAACCUCUAUCAUCUCUCAUUAGCCACCACUCAAUUUCCAGUCAAUCCUUUCCUUAUCAACGUAAUGCCACAAUCCUUCGCAUGCAGGACUGCGUAGACGACGUAAAGCGUUGGAUGACUAGCAACAAACUGAAGCUAAAUGAUGAUAAAACGGAAAUCCUUCUCAUCCACUCUCAAAACAAACCUCUGCCUCCAUCCGCUCCUUCUUCUAUAUCUAUCGGCAACUCUGACAUCACACUCUCUUCCUCUGCCAGAAACGUUGGAGUCACGCUUACAGACACCCUCUCCAUGGACAAACAUGUCACGAACAUCUGCAGAGCAGCAUACAAUGAAAUUAGAAAAAUCAGCACCAUUAGACACCUCCUCUCCUUUGAUGCCACAAAAACGCUCGUCUCUUCACUCAUUCUUUCAAAAUUUUACUACCGUAACACUCCUCUCGCAGGCAUUCCUCAACACCACAUAGACAAACUUCAGAUGGCACAGAACUCAGCAUGCAGACUCAUUUUUAAAUCAAAUAAACACGACCACAUUCAAUUACACAUGCAGCAACUCCACUGACUUCCAAUAUCCUCUCGCAUCAAGUAUAAGUCUGCCAAUCUAUGCUUCAACUCUUUCACUGACCCUCACUUUCCUGUCUAUCUCUCUGAACUGUUGCUUCCUUACAUCCCCACAAGACAACUACGCUCUUCAACUGACAAUAGAACCAUCUCAAUCCCAAAAAACCAAAACUAAGACUAUCGGUGAACGCUCCUUCUACUACCAUGCGCCCACAUUCUGGAACCAGCGCCCUUGGGGGGGGGCGUCUCAGGAGAAAAGUUUAGUAUUAAAAAGUGUAUACUGAAUAUCUAAGUUUGAAUUAUAUCUCAGUAUUUUCCUUGGCCAUUAAUUUAAUCAAGAUCUUAUUGGGAUUCUUGGAAAUGGAUCUCAGUGCUAAAGACUACAUUUUACCAGUUCGUUAUCUCGAGUUCAUUUUAAACUGCGUGUCAGAUAAGGUGACGUCUACUGAUGGCCGGUCUGAGUCAUGUUACCACAGUUUCCUGACCUUAUUUGAAGGUUGACUGUUUGAAUCGGACACCUCGUAGAGUCUGCACCCGGUAACCCUAAAUCAAAAAGCCGAUUUACCAAUCACGCCAUCAAAUGCCUAACGAUUCACUGUCUUUAAGUCGACUGAUAAUUGUACAGCAGCCGACCGAUCAUACAACCCAACGCGACAAGUGACGACUGUUGGUGGAAAUGUACUUUUUGUACCGGCUUUUUUUAAUUCUUUGUGCUUAUUUCACUGCGAAUUAUUUAUAAGUACUUAACCAAAACAAAUCAACUAGCCAUACAGCUGAGCCAAAAGAAUUGGAAACAAAACACUAGUGUGUAGCCACCCACACCAUUGUACCCUGUAGCAUAACUGAAGACUUUGCUUUACAUAUUAAGUCCAUCACGAGUGGGAUUCCUACUGGGUCCGUUUCGAUGAUCAAAUGAGACCUGCUUUGUGGGCAACUUGACUGACUCCGCAACCUCCUUCACGAAACCGAAGAAUCGACCUGUUGAUUCUAUUAUAAAUGACUAUACCUUAUGGUUCGCUGUGAAGCUACCCACAUGUCUGGUAGACAUUAUGAAACUAUUGAACGAUACUGUGACGACGAUAAACUGGAUAUCAAACGACAUGAGUCUUUGUCGUGUCAUGGAAAGCUUUGAAAACCGUAUUGAAGUUUCGUUAUGGUCGUUGAACUUAAAUCGAAAUAAACAUCACAUCAUCGCUUUAAACUACAUUUUAAAUUUGAAAACCAUUGAAAGAAACGAAGAUCAGUCAGCACGAAAGACGCUUUGCCAGAAAAUGGAAGAAAAGAUGAAAGUGCGUAAAUUCAAGACGCUGUCAAAAGGAUUGGAACAGAAGAAGCUAAAGCAAAAGAUAUAACGGUGUCAAUCACGAUGAGCAACAACAGCCGAAAAUUUCAUCAAUAUAGGUGACAAUUGGAAACGCCUGAACUAUCAGAAGCACGACGAGUAUCAGAUGCCGAAUCUCAUCUACAGAGACGACAUCUGGAGAUUGCAAAAGUCAGCGCUUACCCCAAGAGCGAAAAAGCUAUCAGAUCUGACGAGAGGCUAUUCACUUCGAACAGAACCGCGUUAUUGCACAAUUGUGGUCCAAUGGCUAAAAACUACCAAUUCUGUCGACCGAUGAACUUCAAGGCUGAGCGCCUGUCGGACAACAGGUACCACACUACACUUAACUCUACAUACUGGACAGCCCUCAAGCCACAGACAUUCGUCGGUAACCUCUAUCGAAUGAUUAGUGCUGCCCGCGCAUUCUGGGUCAAAUCAAUGUUUCUUUCGCCAACACAACAGAAUUACAAGAAAUUAUCAGAUGAUGCGCGAAGUAGAAGCUAAAGCAACACGACAAACAAAACAUGAAGGAGAUCAGAUUCCUGUGGUCAAAUGGUGUUUCGACGAGAUCGUCAGUGGGAUUCUUGUUGCUUUAACGCACCAACAUCGUACGAAGUCGCUAUGGCGUUUGUAAAUAAAGAUGGUGUGACAUCGUUCGAGCCUGACAUCCGCAUCUCCACUAUCCUUAAAUUCAUUUUGCAACGUUGACUAUUCCCCAUCAUUCCGGCUUAUGCAAUGACAAUCAACAAAUCUCAGGUACAGACAUUCAAGAAGUCCCAAGCAAGUGAAAGUGCAAAUUCAACCAAAUUCCCAAGAAGUACAACUGCUGCUGGAUGAACACCUGUUUCCCCGCAGUGUUGUUUUUAAGGAAGUAUUCCAUCUAAGAAAGUAUUACUGUAAAAAGUGAGGGCAAAGCAAACUUAAGCUUUUUGUUUUUAAUCCAAGAAAUUCGAUCAUAACUUACUAUGUGAACCAUAAGAACCACCUUGCUCAAAAUUGGCUUCUUUACACGGCCUACUUUUGCCCCGCUUUUCCCAACUUUAGGGAAAGCUUGCAAAAUAUAAAAUUUUAUGGAAAAAUAAAUUAUAUGCCUCCAUGGUUUUCAAAGGGUUAUUUCUACUAUGAAAUAUUCUUACAAAGACAAAAAUGUUUAAAGUAGAAUAAUUUAACACAAGACAGCAAUGGAACUUUCCUCAGUGACAAAUAUUAUCUUAAAGAGUUAUUAUUUAGAUUUUCUUACAGCAGGGGGCGUGCUGGUAAAUUCUGAUACAUUGGGGAAUGAAUGAAUUUUUAUAUCUUUCAGUACUAAGAUCGAGCUGAUCUUAGGUAGCUGGGAUGUAUCCGACAUUUUUUUAAUAUAUUUUUUUAGUUUAACAAAUGAAUAUUGCUUCAAAAGUUUUUCAAGUGAAGGUAGUUUUGUUUGAACGAUAUUACUUGCUUUCUUAAUAAGUCUAUUUAAUCGGUGCUUGGUGAGAAGCGAUUAAUUCCCACACCAGCAGAUAAUAAUGAAGUUCAAAUAGGCUUCCUUCCAACUGUUGCAAUGUAUAAUAUGUUAAUAGUUCGUUUAUUAUCGCCAAAAUUUAAUUUUUUUUAAAGAAAGAAAAGUCUUAGUUUAACUUUUUAUAUAUAGACCGUGUUCAUGCCAUGUUUGUUUACUAUUAAAGGUUGACACUUAGGUACUUGUAUGUCUCUACUUGCUCUAUAUUGUGAUUUUUUUUAUUGUGAGGUCUGCAAUUUGGUGAGGCUUCCUCCGGAAGAAAUUUCACACCAGCAGAUAAAACGUGUAACUUAGUUGCGUUAUAAAAUUUCCCCUUCAGAUAUUAAAGCCAUCGAUAGUGGUAUCAUCCGCAAAUUAAAUGAUUUGACCGGUUUCGCUUCUGCUCUGGAUAUUCUCGGUAUAUAAGGUAUACAAGACAGGGGAGAGAACACAACCUUGUGACGCCCCGGUACUUAUUUCUUAAGUUUGAGAUAUAUUUGGUUAUUCAUCUUGAUAUAUUGUGGGCGAUUUGUUGAAAGUUUACAUUUAAGAAAGCUUAAAUGGUGCGAUAGUGUUAUGUGGUCAUGAAAGGUCCAAGAAAAGCACGCUACCCUAUUGUUAGGGCUGUCUAGGUGAUGGUAAAGUCUUUCUAACAUAUUUGAAAUUAAAAUUGGCGUGUAGAGCAGAGCUUUUAUUCUUAUCAUGCAUAAUAAUAAUAACAACAUUAUAUACCAAUUAAAUAUUUUAACAAAUAAACAGGCUUCAAUGUGUAAACAAAUUUAUAGCAAAACAUGCAUACCCAAAGAAAAAUGUAAUUAUUUUGUUACAAAAUCAAUACAUACUAUGUUACCUAAGAAUGACUUUAACUAAAGGAAUACGUGCUUUUAUAUUUAACUCAAUAGUUGUUCGAAGUGUACGAUACAAUCAGUCUUUCCAUCAAGAACUUUCUUAACAUUUUAUUUAAUUCUCUUAAAAUGUAUAAGCGAAAGUGCUGUUUACUUUGAAGCAUAUGUACAACGGUGCUGUGGAACAAAUCGAGAUUAUUGUUCUUGGACUGAAACCCAGAAAAUGUCGACUAUGUGGAUCAGAAAAUGAAAACCCACAUAGAAUUUAAUAUAAUGGUUGCUGUUUUUUACCCCACAACAGAUUAACCGAAUAAGCGCUACCUGACAAUAAGAUUAUACAUGAUAUAUUAUGAAUGUGUUUAUCAAUAUGUGUAACAUUUGCCGUAUGUGUCAGAAUUCGAACAGACCGGCCAAGUUAAUAAAAUAUAUCCAGUCUGCUACUGCUGCAGCUUAUUGAUUGUUAUCUUAUGGGGGGAUUAUGAUAACAUUCUUGAAAUAUGAUGGCAGCCUGGCUUGUUUUGUAUUAUUAAACGGGAGAACAGGCAACGAGAAAAUCAAUUUGUUACUCCCGUGAGAAAAUUGUAAUCUUGCCUAGAGAUGUUUUGAAUUGUUGCUGCUUAAGAGCAGUACGAUUGAUAAUAUUCUCUUAUUAAUGCUUUCAUACCGUAUAGAAUUGAUCACUCACCACAGAGUACUCCGCACGUAAACAAAUAGUAAACUUCACUCGUAUCACUACGACAAUAAGCUCAGGUGACAUUUUACUCACUUCACUCUGACAAUACUUUCAGGUGACAUUUCACUCACAUCACUGUGAUAAUACAUUCAGGUGACAUUUCACUCACAUCAGAACGACAAUACACUGAAGUGACAUUUCACUCACAUCCGUGUAACAAUACACACAGAUGACAUUUCGCUCACAUCACUAUGUCAAUACACUCAGGUGACAUGUCACUCACAUCACUAUGACAAUACAAUAAAGUUACAUUUCACUCACAAACACCAUCCAACUUAUUGACAUUAAUAAAGACAGUGGUUUUUACGUGGUUUUGACGUGUGUUGGCUGAUAACAGGGGUGAUAUCGCAUUCAAAUAAACAUUUUUCAACUGACCACUCUUUAUACCAGAAUAUCUUGUAGACAAAAUGUCAAGGAAACGAAAUUGGGGAAAUGGGAAGUCAUGAAUGCGAUUUUGACUAGAUAACCUUUAUAUUAAUAAUCAGACCGUUCUUUUUUAAAUCUCCUUAAUAUUUGGUGAGUAAGAACAAUUGACUCAACUAUCUGUGUCAGACACAAUUCUAAGUGGUUCUCCUGAUAUUGUAUUGGUCAGUUUUAGUUGUAUAGCUUCAAGCUAGAACGUACUAUGACAUAAUUUUGAUUUUUUUUUCCUUCAAUUUCAACAGCCUGAAAAUCUACUGUUCUACAGUCCCGAGGACGACUCUAAGAUAAUGAUCAGCGACUUUGGUCUGUCAAAGAUGGAAGGUUCAGGCAUCAUGGCCACUGCCUGUGGUACACCCGGGUAUGUUGGUAAGUGACUCUCUGUAUUUAGUAGAUGUGAGACGGUAAAAAUUGGUGAACCUGUCAACAGAAAGAAAAAACACUUACAUACAUUUUAUCUUUACAUGACUUGAUAAUCAGACAGCUCCUAAAAGUGCCCCAUAACUUCUUUACAAAACUUGGUACUUGGAGAUCUUAUCCCGUACUAACCGCCUGGGCAGUCGAUAGGGAAGGGCAAAGUAAUAUUGAUGUGGUGUGUCGCAUGCGGGUCAGUUGCUUGACCAAGGAAUCAAUGGUUUGGUCUUUUCAAAUAGGAUUAAUGGAGAGUUAAGGGACUGUAACGCUGGGGACUUUUUGUACUGACCCUAGAUUUUUUUGUCCGUGGGGACAUUAGAGGACUUGGCUUGUUAUUGAUUGUACCGAUUUUGUCUGUGGGGACAUUAGAGGACUUGGCUUGUUAUUGAUUGUACCGAUGUUGUCUGUGGGGACAUUAGAGGACUUGGCUUGUUAUUGAUUGUACCGAUUUUGUCUGAAAAUGACUCACGGAGCUAACGCAAACUUUCUACAGCAUUUACAUUCUCAUUAUUAUAAAAUAUGUGACGUUUUAUAAUACAGAAUCAAACACUUUGUUUUUAAAUUUACCAUUCCUUCUUCUUCCUUUUUACACAGCGACACACUAAAAUGAAUUCUUGCAUAAAAUUCUUAGACAUACCAUAUUAAGAAAACUGUUGACUGGGUCGGUAUGACACUGGUUGCAAGCAAAUAAUUGUCAAUGUCACAGUGCGCGAAAGACCCUAAAUUUUAUAUAUGAAAAAACAAUGCUUUUUUAAACAUAGUCGUGUACCUAAAUAAAGCCACACGACGAAUGUCUUGUAUUUAUGCUGGGCAUUUCAAUGUGUCAAUAAUUUAGUUUUACACUGCUCCCUUCGGCCAAAUGCCAUCAGUAAAAUUGUGAGUACUGAAAAAUUGAUUAGACACGAGCCUAUGCAGAUAAUCAAAACAUGGCUUUCUCAUCAUAAAUUUUAUUGUCCUUUUAAUCUUAUCACACAACAAAGGUGGGGAAAAACUGUCGCCCCCACUAUCGUUGGCAAUCUGAUGUGAGCACAGAUAAAUCAAUAAUGGUUUGUCUUUUUUAUUUUUUAAGUAACAACUCUUAACAAUUGUUUUAUAUUCUUGUUUACUGGUUUUUAUGUUGAUUAUACUUGCGUUUUAAUUGGUAAAACAUUUAUCUAAGUUUUGGUUUAACUUAAAACUUAGCAAAAUAAACUUAUUGGUAAAUGUACAUUUAGCUGUCUCUUGCCUAAGUGUGGAUGCUAAUCGUGUUAGAAUUAAUGGCGGCAGUUCGGAUAUUGAAUGACCAUGGAUGAUUGAUGUGACACGUGUUACAUAUAUAAACAGGUCUAAAACGUCGUGAUGCACCGCUCAAUUCGCUGUGCGCGUCCAAUGGGCUGUGAAUCUUUAAUGCGUUGGGUGUACAUUGUUGUGGAUCUUUUUAUUUUUUUCCAUUUUUUGGUGUUUAUGUUGAACAUUUCAAGAAAAAGAUUUCACGAGUUAUUACUUCUUGUAUUUCUAUGGUCUCAGUGGCUAUCAGUGGUGACGCAAUAAUAGAUGCCAGAGCUCUUAGCCACAGACACGGAGACAUAAAUUCUCUAGAAUUGUUAUGAUUCCAGGCUCUAAAACUUUGUGAUUUUAUCAUCUUGCUCCAAGUUUGUCUCAACUGUGAGCGAGCGGAUAUCAACCACGUGACUAUAUGUAGUAAGCUCGUGCUAGUAGCGAGAGUCUGAUGUCAUGUCGGUAACCCUCUCUGAGGGAGUCACCCGUUGGACAGACCUAUCUCCUGGGGUUAGUCCCGACCAACAGCGGGCGCGCACUGCAUGAUUCAGUGUGAAAUAAGCUCACUGAACCUUAUCGGCUCGCUGAAAGCAAGAAAUUUUCCAGGUGUAGUCAUAUAGUUUGGUCCAAGUCCUCACAAACAGAAUAACCAAUAUAGUUUAGUUUGCUUUUCACUCGUUGCUUAAAAUGUUUCCCCUAUCUAAUACUAAUACAGUCGUGGUUAAUUGCAUGAACCACUACAUCCAAACACUUCCUUUUCUGACCACCCAUUUCCGUUUGCUUAUUGCGUGACUUAAAUUUUUCAACUUCUCUCUCCCCCUCCCCUAUGUUCCCUUAUUUAUCAAGCAACAUUCGAAACCUCUUAGGUCACUCCACCUCCUUUGUCCCCGUGUUUCCACCUCCGGGAACCUCUUGUAUCACCCUCCUUCCUCUCCAUAUAUAUAUAUAUAUAUAUAUAUAUAUAUAUAUAUAUAUACACUUAUACAUCAAUUUACUUAGAACCCACCAUUAUGUUUAUGAUAUAAUAAAAUGUAUGAUAUAUAAACCAGGGGUCUCCAAACUACGUCCCACGAGGCCAGUUCACCUGGCCCGCCGACGGUACUUGAAUUGGCUUGAUAAAAUGUAUGUUUACCCUCGAACUCCUAAAAUCGUAAAAUAUCGUAUAAUACGGUAUCUUAAUAGUAAAGAAAUAAAAUCUAUAUAUUAAUUUAUUGUAUUCAUUUUAUAUACUAUAUGAACUACUCGCAUCGUUAUGCCUAGUAGGAUCGAGUGAAACUGGCGUCAAAAAUUGUAGCUACUAAAAGUAGAUGACCGACGUUUGUAAUGAAGUCUGUCGUCACUUUGUUUUGUAGACGUGAAAUUGCUAUUGAUAUUAAUUAUAUUUGAGUGGACGUAGAACCUGUCACUGGUUAAAAAAUAAAAUUGCUGGUGAAAUUUAACGUGGUUCAAACUCCAAGUCAGAUCAGCAUAAAACAAGAUGUAUUUAAAUGAAUUUAUUAAGCAAUAAUAUCUUUUUAAAACCUACCAAGUAGCUCGAGUUUUUUUGUUUUUUUGUACAUUGCAUGCCACUCACUAAAAUACUAAACUUAGUUUUUGCCCCCCCCCCCCACAGCUUUCGUUCUGGCUUGGAAGUAUCGUAUUAUCCGGCCCGCUCUCGUCAUUUUUUCCGUUAUCCGGCCCGUCGUGAAAAAAAGUUUGGAGACCUUGAUAUUUACAUUAAUUAAUUUAGAACCCAACAAAGAAAGGAAAGAAAUAGCGGCCCCAAUUAUUCAACCCGUAACUUCCUAUGCUAAAUGUAUGAUUUAAAGAGCGGUUGCCUGCUUUUAUCUUUUACACCCGUCAAUGUUUUUUCCUUGGGCUGAUCUUCUAUAUACGUUACAUUACCGCGUAUGAAACCAUUCACGGAUAUGAUAGAUAGCAUUUUGUUGUUGUUGUAGUAAAAAAAACUAGAAUGCCAUGCCAUGUUAUGAUGCAAUCUUUUAAUCUUGUUCGGAUUAAUAAUAAAAUAGGCAAUAAGGAAACUAUUUAUACAUAUAAAAUCAGGCUGAUGCGCUCAUUAGUCCUCUCCAUUUUCCUGUAUGCCUGCGAAUCCUGGACAUUAACAUCCGAUCUUGAAAGGAAAAUAAAGGCAAUGGAGAUGAGAUGCUUCAGAAGCAUUUUUGGCAUCUGUUAUAGGGACCAUAUCUCCAAUGAUACAGUGAAAGAAAGGGUUCGCCAGGCAAUUGGGUACGAUGACCUAGUGGUGACUGUGAAAAAACGAAAACUACAAUGAUACGGCCACGUAACAGGGAAACAAGGGCUUGCCAAAGAAAUAUUGCAUCACAAGGCAUCACAAGAGGAGGGAGAAGAAGAGGAAGACAACGAAAAAGAUGGGAGGAUAACAUCAAAGAUUGGACAGGACUAACACUGCGCAUUGCUGUGCGUAGUGCAGAAGACAUAGACGAAUGGAGGAGGAUAGUUCACAUGUCAUCUGUGGCGCCCCAACGGUCCAAGGACUAAGGGACAUGAUAUAUUCCUUAAAAUUAUAAUAAUAUUUAAAAAGAUUGGUAAUAUCGAUACGACCAUGUUAAUACCACGUGAAGCGGCGCUAUUUCAAUUACUUUCUUUACACGAAGAUGCGAUGCGCCCUUGGUCGGCUAAUGCGAUUGGGUCGAGUACAUCUCAUUGGUCUCAGAGGAAUUAUCCGAAUAGUAUAGAAAUAUAUCGUUAAAUUAAAUAUUGCUGACAGGCGCGACCGCGUAAAAUGCGAACCCCUAACUUGAAAUACCAUUUUAAACCAUACUUUUCUCUUGCACUACGCAUUAAUAUAUCGUAUUUGAAUGGAUUCACUCUGUCAUGGGUGGUUUUUUAUUUUUUUAAAUAAUCAUGUCUAAAAUAUUAUCAGCUUAUUCGUAUUUAAAGGUUAAAUAAGAUUGUAGUACAUGUAAUGAAUAUUACAUCUCACUUCUAUAUUAUCAUUUUAAUUCAUUCAAAUUGUACAAAUGUCUAAACAAUAAUUUAUAUAGCGAUCAAAAAUUUACCAAAAAGUUAAUGUUUGCAUAAUUAAAACUGUUCUUCAAAUAUUCAAUUGUAUUCAGUUUUAAUUGUAUUAAAAAGUAUGCAUCCUGUUAGUCAACAAAAGAGUUGUAUCUAUGGGCUUUGUUGUAUAAUUUUAAGGUAGAUUUAAAACCUGUCUGUUUAAUGCUACUUUUUAAAAUGAAAAUUACAAUUCUAUUGCAAUAACGAAAAAAAGGAAAACAGUUGAAAAGAUGCUGCUUAUGACUGACGGAGGAUAAAUUUUCAAUGAAUGUACCAUUUCGCUCUGUCGGUCUGCAUUAUUAACACUGGGGUUCAUCAAGCCAAAAUACAUAAUUUGAAUUUUUUGAUGAUGGUAAUAUUUAGAGCCAGCGAUGAGCUGUGCCUUGAGUAACAAGUAAAAGAAUGGAACAAAAAAGUAUAACUUGUUUCUGAAAAGUCAAAUUUCCCAUUUAAUUUCGGUUAAAAUAUAAUUUAACAGCUAGUUCUUCAUUCAAUUUUAUUUAAUAAUAGUGUUCCAUGAUUUUUAUAGUGUGUCAAAGUUUACUUUUCAUUCGCCACAACUGAGAAAAGGUCGCCCACCCCGGUGUAGGAAUGGUUAUUCAGUAAUGAUACGUUUCACGGCGAUCAGAUGUAAAAUUUAAAGUAAAUGUAAAGUAACAUUCCACACAAUGUCCUCUUGUAAUUGAUGUAAAGAGCAAAUCUACCGCGCACGUGAAAGACAGUCAUUUUUGGGCACCAAUCAAAAUUUACAUGAAAUGUUCAUGACCGACCUACCCACAUGGUCAAAUCAUGACACUAUUUCAUUUGCUUAGCUCAUCUGAAAAAGGAAGGGGGGAAAAACACAUUUUGGCAAACGUGGGCCAACCUGUGGCCGGAAAAAAAAAUGAUCUAGCCUAUUCUGAUUCUAGGAUAAUAGAGAGAGAACUGUGGAAAAUUUUAGCUCUCUAGUUUCAGUAGUUGUUGAGUCUAUUACCGUCAAAAAAUGCUACAAACACACAAACCAAAAUUAAGCUUUAUAUAGUAUAUAUAUAUAUAUACAAAUAUAUAUGAAAACCAUCAGGAACAAAUGGGCACCUGGCCCCAACAUGCAUAGAUAAUAGCAGAGAUGCUGAGUAGUGUAAAUCUCCAACUUAUUGUUUCUCAUAUAAAUUGUCAAUAAAUAUAGUUGCAUGGGUUUGGUCUUGAAUAAAGUGCAAUAAAUAAAUUGAUAUAUCUCCUACGAAUCUCAUUAGAUACGGAGCGUCACGUCUUUGAUUGGAUUCACGGGAAGCCAAUACUAUAGGUGUCCUGUAUAGUAAUUAUUUUCAGAAUUGGAAACUUUCAGCUCUAAGGGAUCAAGUGCGUUUCUAGAAAUGCGUGGGAGGUAUAGAAGAAAAAAAUGGGUGGUCGAGUUACCAAAGUCUGCCACAGAGAUCGAUAUCGGAAAAUAAAAUAAAUAUUCCAGGGGUGUGCGAGCAAGAAAUAUUUCAUUGGCCAACUUUUGAUUGCUUUAGCAGCCCGCAACAUGGUUGUUAGCUCUGUGACAACAGCAGGAUCUACAGCCAGUGGCGUCUUGUGGAAAGUACUUGUACUUUUCGACUUCAUCACGGUGGACAUCGGUUGGUACUCGGGCUGGUCGCUGGGGGCAUUUUAUUGUAUUGGAAAUUGUUUACAUUUUUUAAAAGGUGGUUGAUUUUUAGUUGCUAUAUAGUUGCCUCACUGAAUUUGAGGUGGGGGGUGGUCAUUCCUUCUAUAUAGUCCAUUCCUAGUUGCUUAGAACAUUUGCAGGAUAACAUACAGAACUGGCUUAGAGUCAUGGCAUGGUGGCAUUCAGAAAUAUCUUAGAGUCAUGGCACGAUGACACACAGAACUGGUUUAGAGCCAUGGCAUGGUGGCAUUCAGAAAUAGCUUAGAGUCAUGACACACAGAACUGGUUUAGAGCCAUGGCAUGGUGGCAUUCAGAAAUAGCUUAGAGUCAUGACACACAGAACUGGCUUAGAGUCAUUGCACUGUGACAUACAAAACUGGCUUCGAGUCAUUGCACAAUGACAUAAAGAACUGGCUUAGAGUCAUUACACGAUGACAUACAGAACUGGCUUAGAGUCAUGUCACUGUGGCAUUCAGAACUGACUUAGAUUCACUUCACGAUGACAUACAUAAAUGGCUUAGAGUCAUUGCACGAUAACAAACAGAACUUGCUUGGAAUCAUGUCACGAUGACAUACAUAACUGGCUUAGAGUCACGUGAUGAUGACAUACACAACUGGCUUAGAGUCAUGUCACUGUGGCAUUCAGAAAUGACUUAGAGUCAUGUCACGGUGGCAUUCAGAAAUGGCUUAGAGUCAUGUCACGGUGGCAUUCAGAAAUGUUUUAAAGUAUGACAUACAGAACUGGCUUAGACUCACUUUACGAUGACAUACAGAACUGGCUUAGAGUCAUGGCACGGUGACAUACAGAACUGGUGAGGCUCAUUAAAUAGGCUGCAGAAUGUCAGUGUGAUCAAACUGAGUGGGUUGUUUUGUGGUGUUGUUUUCAAGCACACGCAAAAACACGAUUUUAUUCAAUGGAAUUAUGAGAGACAGUUAAUCCUGUGUUAUGUAAAGCUUGACAGAUUUAUUUUCCCCAAGACGAUGUCAGAAACAUAAUGUCCUGCUUUUUGCAUGUCCCCUACUAAUGAACUACCUUGGUUGAUCGCCUUAUAUAUCAGAGCAGUCAGAAGGAAUGUGGCCUAAAGUUACAGACUGGACAUUGACUUCGGUAUAGUCUCCUCAGAAAAUGUCCGUACACGUUAUGGCUCGAAAAAACCUCUUUCUACGUAACCUUGACCUUCCCUAUUGACAAUUUCCAAUGUGUAAACAGCGGCGUCACCUCUCACUUUGCUUUGGACAAACAAUCGACCCGUGAUUAAUUGAUCUCUUGCCUUGAGCACCAGACGCGCACGCUCGUGGUCACGGAGUCUCAUCCAGGGAGAUCCCUACAGGCCAGAGGUCCUUCCUGUACGCCAAAGGCCAUCCCUGUAUUCCAGGGGGGGGGUGUGUGUCAUCCCUGUAUGCCAUAUUACACUCCUGUAAGCAACUGGCCAUCCUUGUAUUCCAGAGGUCAUGCCUGUAAGCAACUGGCCAUCCCUGUAUUCCAGAGGUCGUUCCUGUACGCAAGGGGUCAUCCAUGUAAGCAAGAAGUCAUCCCUGCAUGCCAUGGGCAUCCCUUUUACCUGGGGAUCAUGAGUUUUGUUUGUGACACCCCCACUCCUCCUCCUUCGAGCAAACACCAUAUCUAGGAAUCCUACUAUUUCCAUUGAUGACGCCGAUACCCCUGUCUUAGAAUAGUCCAACUUUACGGCAAGCCCCUUGGUCACGCUAAGUCAAUAUUGUUUUUGAUGCUGUAGCACCGGGAAGGGGGGCACUGACGUUUUAUAAUUAGAGCUAGAGCGCACACAAAAUAUCUACAUUUCUACAGCUUCUGUUUUAUGUGUAAAAAAAUUAUAACAUGAAGGUUUUUAAAAAAAAAAUUUUUUAUAGUCAAGACAGAUCCAAUGACUUAAAUUGCAAUGGUUAUAUAGUUUCACGUUGAGCGAGAAGUUUUUAGGCUUGUGUCAACUCACUUAAUGUUGUACAUAAAUGUGCUAUCAAAACCCUCCUGAACUGACAAAUAAAACAACUUCUAUUUUGCUUUCAGUAAACGCCAUCUCAAAGUAAUAAAGUAAUAAUUUUGUUCAAUAUGAUCCGCAUCUGCUCCUGGAUCUCUUCAGUUGUCAAAUAUGCGUUACAUGAGAGUAUCAACGUUACGUGGGGGUGGGGUAGGGGUUAAAGAAAUUGUAUGAUGUCAUCGUCGUGAAAAGAAUAGGUGAGGAGGGACUACAAAAAUGUUAUUGAGCAAAUUCUUGUACACACAUCAAAGCCUAAUCACUAUUUUUGGUUUACAUACAGUGCCCCAGUAAUAAAUUUUCCUUAUCAUGUCUUUCUACUGGAAAGAGAAGAAUAAAGCUAUAGUGAAUUGGGAGGGUAAUCAAUCAAGCAUAAUCGUUUUCUUCUUUUUCUUUCUUUUGUUGUGGGUGUGGGAAUGUGUCUCUUGUUAUUAAUCAAUUAAUGUUUUUCUAUGAUGAAGCAUGUUGUAGUAGAAUAAUUGGGAGAUCCAACUCCGAUGUUACGGGGUUGUUUUUGUUUUUCUUAGUGCAACUUUGCCUAUACUCUUUGAUAAAACUCUGAGCUGCCAGUCAGCUAACUCAAACCACCACUUGUGAAUGUCAUGAACAUGUGCAUAUGAGGUGAACAUGUGCUCAUGGGGUGUUUACUCCUAUCCAUUAAUUGUACUAGACACGGCAUGGGGCUAUAGGAAGCUUUACAUUAGUGUUUCACAUAUAUCAACGUUGUUUGUUGGAUGGUGUGUUAUAAUUAAUUUUGCUAUUUUACAGUCUUCAUAAAAUUGUAUUAACUAGCCAUUUUAACUUUAAGAUCGUCAUAGCUUUGCAUUUGUUUAGUCAAGGCCCAUUAAAAUGUAACCACCUCUGUUCCUGAAAAUGAGGACAUACAGAUGGUUAGGUUUUUUGGAUUGUGAUGAAAGGGUGAAACUCUGCUCUAGCACAUGCUUUGCAGGCUUUAAGUAAAUAUUAAACCCUUUAAGGGAGACAAGUGAUGGUACCAUGCAAACAGAUGGCAAUGCAUAGCCAAAACAGAUAACCUGUUAAAAACAGGAUUCUCAAAACUGAUAUCCAGUUUUCUGGAUUCUUAAAAUUUAUAUCCAGUUUUCUGGAUUCAUAAAACUGAUAUCCACUUUUAUAGUGUAUAGUUUUGAUUAUCUCCUUAUGUAUAUUUAGGAAUGCCAGCUACUGGAACCAGUAAAGGGCGGCAGCCUGACAACAAGAGGUUUUUUUUAUAUUGAUUGCUAUCUUCAUUUUUUUUUUUUUAUUUGUAUUGUAUUAUUUAUUGAUUAAGUUAGAGGUCUGAGCCUUUUUUGUUAUUCAUUGUCUAGCCCAGCAGCAAGUUUUUAUAUUUAAAAAAAUUGUUUUGUUUCAGUAAUUGAAGACCUGAACCAUUUUCAUUGUUAUUUUAUUUUUUUGUUAAAUUGUAAUAUUUUCUUUUUUUUUCCAGCCCCAGAAGUACUAGCCCAACAGCCGUAUGGCAAAGAGGUGGAUUGUUGGUCCAUAGGUGUAAUAGCUUACAUAUUGUGAGUAAUUCAUACAUGUAAUAAUUUUUUGUAUCUUGUAUCUGCUGAAAUUAGAAACCCAGUUUAGUCUUGCAUUAUAAUUUAAUAUUUUAAAGUGUGGACAAUUAUCAAUUAACUAAUGUCCAAAUGCACAUAUUUAAUGCAUUACAUUACAUAUUACUAUUUCAUCAAAUAGCCAUAUUUAUAUAUAUUUAUUUAUUUAUUUAUUUAGGCAUUUUUAUAUAGCGCUUAUCAUAAAGCUCUAAGCGCUUUACAAUUAUUAAAACAUGUAAACUAAGUAAAUACAAAUGAGACACUAGGAUAGUAACUACUAUUCUAUAGAAACAAUGAAAAUGGCUAUAAAACGAGGACACUUUGACACUUCAGGAUCAACCCGAAACAGAAAAUGAGGUAGGGCAAGGAGGGUGCAUCACAGGUCAUAGGCGGACCUAAACCUAUAUAUUCAAAUAUAAACCAGAAUAAUAUUAUUUAAAACAUUACAUCCAGUAUAGGCAUAGAUGACCCAGUAAUUCUAACCUCAGCAAAUUAUCACCCAGUGGAGUUAUUUUACUUUGGGUUUCUUUCCUCCUUCCUGUACAUUGUACCUGACUAACAAGUCCAUUCCUCCUCUCAAUUUUACCCAUAGAUGUCAUAUUCCCUGGAAAAUAUCUAAACCUACUAUCUCUUGGUUGAAAGGAAGGAAACAUUGCCACUUCAUCAUGGUGGCCAUCAUUUCCCAUUUUUUAAAAAGAGCUUUGUGAAAUAAAUGUUAAAGGUUUCCCUUCCCAAAAAUCAAUUUUUGACAUUUUCUUGUACACAUGGAUAAAAUCUUUGUUGCAGGUUAUGUGGUUAUCCCCCUUUUUAUGAUGAAAAUGAUGCAGAGUUAUUCAAGCAGAUUUUAAAAGCUCAGUAUGAAUUUGAUUCUCCAUUCUGGGAUGAAAUCUCUGACUCAGGUAUAAUUUUUGCAACAUUUUUGCUUAUGUAACGAUUAAAACAAUUAUAAAUUUGAUGAAUCUUGAAAUAUAAUUAAUGAGGACAAGAAUUGUUUGGUUUAGUUAACUGUACAGAUUACAUUAUUGCAAAUCAUUAUUCAUGUGACAAGUAUAAUUUUGUGUGUGCUAAACCUGUAGUUAGUCCUAGAUAUUAUUUUUGCACACAGCAUUAUUAAAAUUAAAAAAAAAAAAACAAUUUCUGUAUUUAAAAAGAAAUAGCUCAGACUGUUUUUUAAGACUUCAUUUUUAAACUAACUUUUCCUCUUUAUUUAAGACAGUGGUUCUCAAAGUGGGAUAUCCCAGGAGAUUUUAGGGGGCGCCUGAACUCUGAAAGAGGCGCUGGUGCCUAGGGGGUCUUAAUAGUAUAAGAAUUAUGUUUUUUAAUGACAAUAUUUUUGAAAGAAAUACUGUUUUGAUGGUCUGCUUUCAAAAAGCAUUGAGGAUGAACAUCAUUUAAUUGUUCUCUACCCCCCCCCCCCAAACUAAGACAUCAUUAAAUACUUUUUUGAUGGUCUCCUUUCAAAAAACAUAUAGGAAUAAAACAAUUUAAUUUUUUUCUCCCCCCCCCCCCCCCCAAACUAAGACAUCAUUAAAAUCUAAUACUAUAUUCUGUGAAAAUUAAUAAAGAAUAAUUACCAGGAAAAGUUUCCAAGGAAAAAUUCACAUUUUGCAUGCAGCACAAAAUUGAGCUAAUCACUCUGGUACAAAUCACAAGGGAUCAAUGAUGUCGGAAAAAGCAUAGAUGUAUCCAUUUUUAUGGAUUAGGAUUUAUUUUUUCUUGCAAUCACAUUGCUAUGAGAUUGUGAGUGUUAUUAAGUUUCAUUCCUCUUACACAGCAAAAGACUUUAUUCGACAUUUGAUGUGUAAAGAUCCUAAAGAAAGAUAUACAUGCAAGCAAGCCAUUGCUCACCCGUGGUGAGUAAAAUUUUGUUCAGUAGUACCCCACCCGUGGAUUUCAACCAUUGUGCUGUGACAAUCGGGACUGCCUCAAUGAUACUCAAAGGGGGCAACAACACUUUUAGAAAAUAGUAAAAAUCAAUUAAUUUUGAAAUAUAAUGCAAAGCCUAAGGCAUAUGUAGAAUUCAACUUAUUUCCAGCAUUAGAUAAACCCUUCAUGUAAUAUCAGUUUUCUUUGGUGGGCAGUCUGAAAUAAGAGUUUUUGCAUGCUCUAAUAUUGAACUUAAAACAGUUUCCUACUUUAUGCCUCUGGUCCCAUAAAUAUAAUAUGCAUGCUAAAGAAAAAAUUCCUUGCAAUUUCAUGAUAUUUUUUAAUGAUUGCAAUCAUUUUCUGCACCAUAAAAGUCUCUAAAGUUUUGUUAUUCUUCAGUAAAAUGAGUGCUAUCAUAGAAAGCUGACUUUUAUUUGUAUGCCCUCCUCAGGAUUUCUGGUAACGCAGCCUUGAGCAAGGAUAUCCAUGCAUCUGUAAAGGCUCAGAUGUUAAAAACAUUUGCACGGACCAAGUGGAAGGUAAACCAGAUAGAAUAUUUAUGUAAAACAUCAUCAGUAUUUAUGUUUUUAUCAAUACUCAUAUGACAUUCCCUUUCCUCUUUCUGGCCUGCACUACCUGAUGUGUAGAAUAGUUGAUUUUGUCACUAGCUUUCAACCUCUCUUAUAGACAGUGCAAGUAUUUAAAAGCAUCAGUUUAAUCUGAAAACAUGUUUAAAUGACUUGCAGAAGCUAUGUGUAAGGUAGUUUUUAAAUGGAAUUGGGUUGGCUUCUUAAUAAAGGGAAAACAAUUAUCAGUUUUAAUUUUGAGAAAUGCAAAUCCAGAACAUCUACUGUUAAUUUUCUCUUAGUUGUUUCUCUAACUCGGUUGUUCUUAACUUUUCAGCAGCGCCACACACCCUUUUGAUUAUGGUUACACAAAACACUUUGUUUUUAUCUCCUCAGCAAGCCUACAAUGCCACAGCUGUUAUCCGACAGAUGAAGAAGCUGGUUGUGAGUAAGGAAGAGAACACUAGCAACCACGCCCCUAGCACCCCUCUACCCGCCAGCACCCCUCUACCCGCCAGCACGGCCACUGCUAGCAGUACAGAGUGAAACGCUUGUUCAAGAUUUUUUUUUAAAAUUUCCGUUGUCUCAAUGAGACCCCUUAUCAUCCACCAAGGCCCGGAGAUCAUGCAUCAGGAGAGAACCGUUCUCAUGCACUGUAGCUUUGAUUCAGGGUAAAAGUGCUGCGGGUCCAUCUAAUUUCUUCAAUAUUAACUUUGUGAAACGUGUAGUUGUAUGUGACUUUAUGAAGAUGACAGUUUCCGUUCAGGUGGGAACGGUGAAAUUUUGGGAGACAUGAGAGGAGAGUUUUCGCAAUGGACAUGGGUUCUGAAUUUAUACAAACAUAUCACUUAAGAAUAAAAAUUAUCUCUAUUUACUUUAUAGAUAGCUCACUUUCACUUCUUAGUCAUUUAAGGAGAAGGCGCGGGGGGUGGGGGGGGGGAGAGUAAAGACGCUCCAGAUUUGUUAUAGUUUUUAUUAUUUGUAUGGAAAGCAUUCCUUGAAACAAUCAAAUUGGACUCUUCGUGUUGUGAGCACCGUGAUAUCGUUAAGAGAAAUAAUUGAUUUCAGUUCUCUGAGCCAAUAAUUUUUUUGUGCACUCAAUUGCAUGUUGCGAAAUGGUGAUUAAAAUUGUACACCUGUCUUAAACCAUAGAUGUAAACUUUAACUAUUGAUGUACAUUUUUUAUUACAAUAAGUUUUUUUCUGUUGAAUUUGUUUCAAAAAUAUUUUGUUGUCAGUAUUUUGUCAACAUGCCAAGUGUGAUUACAUGGAGUUGUGUCUAAAUGCAUUUUUUUUUUCAAUGCCAUUUCUGUAACUGAGUGUGUUCAUUAUGUUGCCAUUGUGCUGUUCUUCAUUAUGUUUGUUUGGCUGGAAGAAACUACACAUUUACUCUAUGUAUUAUUAGAAUGUUGAAAAAAAUUUUUUAGACAGUUUUACCCAAAUACAAAAAUAUGUUUACCAUAUUUACUUGACAAUUAGCAAUGAUGGUUUCUCUAAGUAUUAGUAUAUGGGCAUUUAUUUUAAAAUUUUAUGCUCAUCAAAAUAGACUGAUAAUGUUAUUUAUAAUCAAGCAAAAAGUUGUUGAAUAAUAUACCCUCUGUAGCCCAGUACAGAUUGUUCCUUUUACUACUGUUGAUAAUAUGAUGAAUCUGUUUCUCCUACAAUUCAAUUUUAACAUUUCAACGUUAUAAAAAAUUCAUGCUUUGGGAUUCCAGCACCAAAGUUAAUGCUUCAGGCAUGAAGUGUUGUGGAAGCAUGUUUUUACAAAUUAAAUGGUUUAUUGAAAUUUCAAUGAGUCGAUGAAAGACAUUUAACCUAAUGUUUUUACCGAAUGGGAAGAAUGCAUUUUUUUAACUUUUGCCAGGAAAUAACCAAGCAGUAAGUUUUUAUGCAAAAUACAUUUUUUUAAUUGGAGAUUUAAAAUCAACUUUUGUGAGUUUUUCAAGCACAAUUAUUGAAUGUUUUUCGUUUUUUUUAAAUAAGUUGUCUGUACCUUCUUUGAUUUUUAGUUUAGCUAUUCUAUUAGGCAUGGAAGUUUGUCAUUUAACCGGCAUAGCAUUUCUUCCAUGUUUUUAUUACCUUUAUUUAUUGAUUGAUGACUGUCAACACUCCCUGGUUGAAUGUUAUUGUACAUUCAUUGAUACUACAAUUAUUGUAUGUGUUUGAGUCUUUUACUCUACCUUUAAGUUUCAACAUUUUUUCUAUUUCUUGUACAAACCCAAAAGCCUCAAGAACAAGACAAAGCUUUACCAGUAUCUAAUGGGUGCUUAAAUACAGUUGGUCCUUGGUAAUAAUUAGUUAUUUAAAUUUUUGCAGUUGAUUUGUACAUGUUUAUUGAUAAUAACAGAAGAUGAAACAAAUAGUUUGGCCUGACAACAUUGACAUAUAUAAUUCAUCUGCCCUAUGAAUAAAAAAAUCUAAAAUUAAACAAAUAGAAAUAUGUUAAUUAUUAAUUUAACUUGCUGCUCUCAAUCAUAAACAUAAUAAUUUAUAUGAAAAUGAGGCCUGGAAUAAUUAUUAUUACCAAAUAUACUGUGCUCAUGUGACAAAGCAAUAUGCACAAUUUUGUUGCCAUUGUCAUCAUUCUUUUGUGAUGACAAAAAUGUUGCAACUUAAGUGAGCAAAAUAAUUUUUAGUUGAACAUUAUAGCCAAAAAGGGACUACUCACAUUAGUGAUGACAAAACAUUAGGAAAGACAAAAAAUGAAUGUUGAACCAUGAAGAGUCCAUAACAUUUCUCCCAUCUUUGCAUUAUGCCAUCAUAGUUUGCUGAAUAUGUUGCUUUAUGACCAUGUUAAAUCUUUUCCUUUAUAAAGGGAUGCAUAAUUAAAGUGGAGGGCUUUGGAUAAUUAUUUGGCUCAUACAGAUGUCAAAAAAAAACUUUGAUGGUGUACUAUAAAUUAAAAUGUGAGGCUUAUUGUAAUUUUAGCAUCAGUUUUUAUUAACUGAAUAAGAAAACAUAUUUAUUUUCUACCACUACCAAUAUUUUUUAUUAACCUGAUGUGGUGAAUUUGUUGCUAUACUUUGGUAUAGUUUGGUUUGAUGUCACAUUCAACUGCUUGUUUACACAACUGACAGAGCACAAAUCUUAUUCUGUAGGGGGAUUUUCUUGUGUAAUAUUAUAUUUUAUCGAUUUUUAUCAUGACCCCCCACUUCAAUAAGCGUCUCAAAUUUAGGAACGAUUUGAUAACAUGAUAUAAUUUCUAUUCUGCUAAUAAAUUAGCAUAUAAAAUUAUUGGCCAUUUAAUCCACCAAUACAAUAAUUUAUGAUGUAAUAGUCCAUGACAUUUGUUAAUAUUUAUUUGGUUUACAACAUUUGAACACACACAACAUAUGAACACCCACUCCCUGUAUUAUUUUAGUUUUUUCUAUUGGAAUCAUUUUGUUUUAUAUCAACUUGCAAAAGUCAAAUCUAUUUUAAACACUGAAUCAAUCAGAUUUUUUAAAACCUACAACUGCCCAACUAGAAUAAAGUUUUAGAGGUUUGAAAAUAUUUUUAUCCUAAAUUUGGGUACAAUAAUAAUAUCGCACAGCAUUGCUAAAUAUGACAAGAUAUACUGUACUCUUCAAUAUACUCUUAUACAUUUAUACAAAGUUGCUUCUAAUGAAUUGAUAUUUAUAUACUCAAGUUUAUAAAUUAAAUUACAUUUCCCUUUUCUAUGUGCUAUAUUGUAAACAUGGGACAGAACUAAGUUGACAUUCCUGAAGUAAUUAAACAAAAAGUAAGUUAAACUUAAGUUGUCAGCUCUGAGAAUUAUCUACAAUAUAUAAGCCAAGAAAUUGGGCAGCUUUUGAUAGUAAUUUCCCUGAUAUAAAUAUAUAAUAGUGCUAAACCAGCAUAAGGACAAACUUUUAAUGAACAUUUCCUGUAUUACUGAAAUGCAUUUGUUACCUGAACUGAUAAGAGUGAUUUUUAAAAAUGAUAUUGCAUAUCAUUGAUUUUUAAGGGAAGUAGUUAAUAGUUUUUCUUUGAAAAAAGAAAUAUUAAAUCAUAUUUUUAUAAAUUUUUUUGAAGCCACUUGCGAAAGCCACAAUCACUAUGGUAAAAACAUUUGUUAUUUAGGAAAUCAUUUUUUAGCAUUUAGGAAUGCCAAUAAUAAUAAGUGAAAACAUUAAAAUACUUUUGUCUCCGCAUUUGAAGAAAUAAACAUGGCUUCAAAUGUUUUUCAGUUUGUUUAAUGGAGUUUUCUAGAAAGUAUGAAAUCCAUCAGUUUUUUUUCAACUGAAAAAGUGCAACAUUGUUUAUCUGGUGCCUGCUGGAAACAAAAGAAGAAAUACAAUACUAUCCUUAAACUUAAAUUUUAUCAGAAUUACAAUGCUCAUAACAGGGUCUCAAAUACUUUAAAACCAUUGAGUUGGUUUCAUAGACAGUUAUUAAAAUAUGAAGAAAUAUAUUUUAUUAAAUAAAGGACAAUAAGUGUCAUGAGCCUGGUCAUUUAUUUUAUUUCACUUAAUUUAAUCUUUACAUAUUUUUCUCUCUCACUUUUUGUUGCAAUAAUUUGUGUUAACAGUUUUGCAACUGUACAUUAACACAGACAAAAAAAAAAAAGAAGAUCAGUUUAUUGCAGCUGAGUCACCAAAGCUCAUGCAGCGCAGCGUAAGCUAAACAAUUCUUUGGGUUAAAAUUUCAUGUAAAGCCUAAGAAAUAGUUGUUCAUAUAUUUUUGACAUUCCAUUAAACCAAUCCCAGCUGUAACCAAAAAAAAUGUUAUGAAAAAAAUUAAAUCCCUGAACAUCAACAAUGUGCACUGUGCAGCUUAAAAUCAUACAAUGCAUCUGUCCCUUUAUGAAUUAAGUUAGGCCAAUCAUGAUAUCAUUAACUCUGUGAUACACACACAUGAAACAUGUGUUUGCAAUAUAUUUAGUCAUGUGUUAAAACUUUGAAUAUGUUGACUAAAUCUAUUUCUAAAGUUCCAACAUUUGAAUUAGUAGCGGUG